GGGAAUUGUAGUCCAAAGAAUUUGGUAGGCGCCAGUGGGGAGGAAGCUGUCUGGGUUUCCCGCAGGGGCAGCGCGGGCUGCAGAGACUGGCAUUUGAGGGCUACCACCUCUCUCUCGCCUGGCCUCCCCACCACGACACAUCCUGCCCAGCCGCCACUUGCGGGAAUUACGACAUUUGCGCUCAAUCGGACUUCGGCGACACCUCGUAGAGGGUUUUUUUCCCGCGUGCGUAGUUAUGUAUUCACAGAUCUGGACGUAGGGAGCGAGGGCGUCGCGGUCGCUUAGCAACCAGAGGCCUAGGCAGGGCGGCGAACGGGCCGCUUUCGGAGUUGACGUUUCUCCCCACUUUGCUAAACUGGGUUUAUCGGGUUCCCCCUCUGCCAUUUCUAUUUUGCGUGUGUGCACCAAGUAAUAUAUUUUCCCCAGUUGCUAUCGUUCAUUUCGAUGUUAAAUUAUUAUUAUUAUUAUUAUUUUAAAUUUUUAAACAAGAAUUCCCACGUUUUUCAUUCGUGCUUCUCUUUCAGGGUUAAUAUUAUUGUUGUUUGUUUCUAUUGAAUCGCGGGUGGGGGUUGGAGGGGAGAAGGCUAGAUACUUACCUUUAAAAUCCUGUCUUGCUUUCAGUUGCAACAGGUGUCCCCCACCCCGCUCCAAAAAAAUACACAUGUCCUGUUGGUGCGUGUGUCUUGGAACUGAAGCAAAGACACAUACAACUGCUGCUCUUAUUUUCCCUCCCUUUGCCCUAAGCAGCUUUUUUCCCUUUCCUUUUUUAGGGCUGCUGUGGUACAGAAGGAACUUGGGAUGGCGCUCCUGCCCCGUAUCUCCUCCAAACUGCCCCCUGAUAUCGACCCCACGAAAGCCCCCAUUGCCUAUGGCCGAAGGGGUCUCCCAAAACUGAACGAGGAGCUGGAAGACCCCGACCUUCUGACCCGGCAGCGGGCGCUGAUGGCUCUGUGUGAUUUGGUGCACGACCCAGAGAAUGUCUACGAAGCCAUUAGACUCGGUAAGAGAUGCCACUUUUGCCUGGACGGAACAUGAGAAUUAUAGAAUCAUAGAGUUGAAAGGAACCACCAGGGUCAUCUAGUCCAACCCCCUGCAAUGCAGGAAUCUUUUGGCCAAUAUAGAGCUCGAACCCACAACCUUGAGAUCCAAAGCCUCAUGCUCUACUGAUUGCACCUUGUUGGCUAUUUAUUUGGUAGAAGGUCGGCCGUUUGAAUCCCUGUGAUGGGGUGAGCUCCUGUUGUUCGGUCCCUGCUCCUGCCCAACUUGCAGUUUGAAAGCACAUGAAAGUGCAAGUAGAUAAAUAGGUACCGCUCCAGCGGGAAGGUAAAUGGCGUUUCCGUGCGCUGCUCUGGUUCGCCAGAAGUGGCUUAGUCAUGCUGGCCACAUGACCCGGAAGCUGUACGCCGGCUCCCUCGGCCAAUAAAGCUAGAUGAGUGCCGCAACCCCAGAGUUGUCCGCGACUGGACCUAAUGGUCAGGGGUCCCUUUACCUUUUACUCUUAUCUAUAUACCACCUUUCAGGAUACAAGUCCUUCCAAGGUGGAGUACAAGUACCGGUAAUAUUCAACUUUUUUGGGGGUGGGAUAAACAAUCCACAAUGUCAACAUAUACAAAGCCAUUAGAUUCCUUCCCCCAGGGCAGUGGGUGAUAAAAAUGGCCCUAUUAGAGGUCAGAAUGGUGGGAUAGUCAAACUAUAGCAGGCCUGCUAUACCUCCUUCCCUCCCACAGGGCAGUUCAUGAUACAUGCUCCAGUGGAAGUGGGGAGGGGUGACACAAUGGCCCUAACAUACAGGCUUGAUCACCAAUCUCUUUGGGUCUAUGGGUACACUUGCAAACUGGAUAAAUUGGCAUACAACCAAGUCCACACUUUAGUCUAUUUUAUAGGCUACAGUAGGUAGAAUGCUUCUCCCAUGCCUACUUUCAGAAGGGUGAAAGGCAGCAAUGUGGAGGGGGCAGAACCUGUGAGCGGCAGGACAGACCUCUGCAGUCACAUGCUGGGGACCACCUGCCCUACUGCAAAGCUAGCAGCACAUUGUCACAGUGCACUGUGGUUGGUCAACAAACCGCUGGAUCUUUCCAAACUUUGAUUUGGUAGUCAUUCAGAUCAGGCUAUAAAAUGGUUUUCUUGAAAAGGAAAAAGGUGCAGCAGUUGUUUGGGGUUGGAUCAUUUAUUUAUUUGCAAGGGUGGGUGUUUGCCUGCCCCUUAUUUAAUUCAGUUCAUGGAACAAGGGACCGAGUUGAGAAUACCUACAUUUCCAGUAGGAUAUCACAAAGCUACAGAGACAUCCUACUGUGAGUAAAUACCAGCAAAAUGUUAUUUGUCUUUGCAUCCUUUGUGCUAGUAUGUAUGUGUACCGUACUGCUGCAAAAAGUAGGUUCAGGAUGAACACAUGAAAAGUGCAAUUAAUGCACAGGAUGUCCAAAUUUAGAGGCAGUCUGUUUCUAGCAGUACCAGAUGGCAGAUCCCACCCACUGCGGGAAGUGCUACAUUGGACUGGGUGGACCUUUGGUCAGAUCCAGCAAAGCAAUGUUUAAUGUUCUUUUGAAAAACCUUUUGAGCUGAAAAGGAGAGCUUACGGUACAUAAAUCAUAGGACCUAAAAGACAUUGUAAUGAUAGUAGAUACCGAAGUAUUCCAGAAGGCAUCCCAGGAAACUGUUCCAGAGCACAUGAGCAGGCAACCCACUUCAAUAUUUAUUUUGCACAUGGUUAAGGAAAAUGUGUGUGUCCAAACUUCAUUCACCUGGAGAUCAUUCUUAUACAGGUUGCAAAUAUUUUUUAAACAGUUUCAAUUAAUAUAUCUUCAUCAUUGUUACAAAGAUCAAAAUAACAAUAGCUAAUAGAACAAAAACAGAAAUAAAGGAACAGAACCAUACACAUGUUGUGAAUAUUAUUUGCCCAUUGGGUACUCUAAAUAAUCAAUAUAUAGUCAUCUCUGAUGAGUUUCAGAGGCAACUGCUUUAAUUCUACUUGGUGGCUGUUUUUAAUUCUACCACUGCCUUCUGUGUGUUUUUUUCUAUUGUGGUGGUUUAAUGAGUGUAUUAUAAUUUUGGCCUAGAUGUCUGUUGAAGUGUGGCACCAAAAAAUUUAUAAAAAAAUGUGUCUUUCAGGAUUUCUAGAUAAUUUGAAGAUAUUGCUUUUAGAUGAAGACAGCACCGUGCGACAGAAAACAACAGAGGUUCUUUAUAUUAUGGCAACACAUUCUGUUGGCAGGUAGGUAUUUGCUGAAGUUUAAUGCAAAUGUUUUAGAGUAGGGAUUUUCUUCUGUUCUGCAACAUAUUUUCCCAGGUUCGAAUAGGGGAGUUUAAUAUUGUGCUUAUACAAACCACUUCUUACCAAUACAUUUUCUGAAUGUAGGACCGGCUUCCUAGAAAAUGGAGUCAUUCCAGCUCUGGCACAGCUUUUGGAUGAUCCUGUUGACAUCUGCCGGUGGAAUAUGCAUUAUGCACUGAAACUCGUGUCAGAAUUGCCUCUAGGUAAGGUGGAUUAAAUUUCAUAAGAUUUACAACGCUGACUGCUCAACUGCUCUGCUCAUAACCAAGCAAAGGCUAGAAUUUCAUGUUGAUUUCACCUAACCCCCUUGUGUCUUGUGACCUGGCUUUCUUGCUUGACUCAACGGGAGCUACUAUUCUGUAGCCAUGGUCUGUGUAUGUGGCCCACACACUAUGUGGCGUGGAUUGAGAAUGCCUGAAGCAUAGCCAGGAUUUAUGUUGGGGAAGCAGGCUUUAUGUUAGGGGGACAGAACCGAGCUGUUAGUUAUUUUUAUUUAUUUACUUGAUUUAGGGGGGCAGCUGCCCCCCACCUUUCCUUUGAUUCCCCCCGUGGUCUGAAGGAAGGUUGGGAGGAGAGGGUGGCAAACUGGGUCACUUCUCCUCCCACAGCUAUUGAACAGGCUACUUCAACUCAUUUAGAGGCAAUUUCCUUUUCUCCAGGGAAUCUUGGUUCUGUGAGCGGGUCUGGGGGCAUGGGUCUUAUUUUCAGCUGUCCCAUGAUAAUUUGACAAAAGCCUUGCCAUUUAAAGUGCUCUACAUAUGUGUAGCUUAGAAAUACCCUAUGGUCCUGUGGUUUUGUGAUUUGGUGGUGCUGGAGAGCAUUUUGAGUGUGCAAUGAACUUCAGGUUAGAAACCAGUUUUGCCUCUGCUUCUUUCUCUUAAAAUUCUUUCAGUGAAAGGAACCGUCCUUGCCUUUGCUGAGCCGAUGUAGUAUGACACUUAAGAUGAGAUCAACUAGAAUUAUCAAGUCCACACUGUGGUCUUUAGACAAAGUGCUCAGUUUUAGCCUCUCAAGUGUAUUAUUAAGGGUAAUAAUACUGGCUUAUGUUUACAAGGUUGUUGUACAAACACUAUGUAAGGUUAUGCAGUAACAGAUUAAAAAAAACCCCAGCAACCCUAUUGUCUGUGAUCCAUUUUACUUGUUUAUUGUUGCCUGUCCACAUUAUCCCUUGUUACUUCAUCCUCCCUCCCUCCCUCUCAUGGUUCCCAAUUCCCUCCCAGCCCUGCAGUGCGAUUUCAAUAUAGGUCAGAUGUUCUUCAGGGCAGGGAUGGCUUUUUGCCUUUUUUUUUUGCUUUGCCACUGUGUAAAGAGCCAGGUAGACUAACGGCACUAUGCAAGAAAUGUAUCUUAUGUAGUAGUAAAGUUCAGUUGUCUCUUGGUGGUGCCAGAACAUCACACAUUGCUCUUCUAAGCUUCUGCAUAAAGAAUGAUUCACACUUCUAGUUCAUACAGCAUGUGAUCUGGUUCCUUGUUGCUAGUGAACACUCAGUGAGCUACCAAAUAAAAGCAAACCCACCUUCCUCUUCUGACGGGCAAUAGCUUACCUACUCUGUCGCCUAGGGGAGAUUUUUUUCUUGCUACAGGCAACCAGGCAAGUGACUAUUUACAAGCCUGAAUUAAAGACAGGAAAAGUAUCAGUGUUCAAAGGUGUUUACCAGCUCUGUGUCGUGUGUUUUGUGACUACCCCCGCCUCUCAGGAGAUUGCCAAUGCAGUGGAAAAGUAUUUGCACAUCCCAAACUGAAUAAAAGCUCAGGCUUAUAGUGGUACCUCGGGUUAAGAACUUAAUUCGUUCUGGAGAUCUGUUCUUAACCUGAAGCACCACUUUAGCUAAUGGGGCCUCCUGCUGCCGCAGCGCCGCUGCUGCACGAUUUCUGUUCUCAUUCUGAAGCACAGUUCUUAACCCGAGGUAAUAUUUCUGGGUUAACGGAGUCUGUAACCUGAAGCGUAUGUAACCUGAAGUGUAUGUAACCCGAGGUACCACUGUAUUAGCAGAGUUGUGUGUGCAGACCCCAGGCAGGGGGUUCCUAACCCUUUGCUAAUGUCAGUGGAUGAUGAUGACACGGCCAGUAGAGGAGACUGUGCCUUUCAGAAUGGUGCCUUGUUCUCAGUUGUUGUUGGCAUCCGUCUAUGUCUUGGGAGACAAUGGAAGAGUGCACCUUGCGGGCGGGGUGUGUGUGUGAAGUCAAACUGUUGGAAGGUUGCAGCGCCCGCUGUGGCUGUAGAGACCAAUACAGGAGAUACAUGUUUUGCUGCAGCUGGGGUAGCUUCUGGUUGUGCUACUGCAGAUGCACUAUUGUGUUUCUUCUCUCUGCGCUCCUCCCAGCGGUCAUUCCUCUUCUGGUCACUACUAUGGGUGCCCAACCUGACUGUCUCCAGGCAUUGCGGAUGGCUCAAUAGAAGUUUUGUGAUUCUCCAUAUGCAAAAAGGAACCAGGUAUAAAGUCAAGCAUUUGCUUAUACAGUAAGCCCACAAGUUAUGCACAUUUAACUUGUGCACAUUCAGCUUUAUACACAUGGCAAAAAGGGGGGGGGCAGGAGGAGGAGGGAUGUCCAAGAAACAAAGACUUCUGUGAUCCCUCUCCGUGUUUACCCCAAUGUGUUUUAACUAUAUGUGAUUUUGGCUUUAGGUGAGAUCCCCAGAACAUAACUCCCGCAUAAGUUGCAUGCUAUCUGCAUGUGACAAGGAGGGUUAGUUCCCCUCCUCCUGUUCAUAAAGAGACACAGCCCCCCCCCCCAGUUGUUCACUUCCUGUGUCACUAGCCCUUACCUUGCACAGCUGGCAUUAGCCCUUACCUUGCACAGCUGCAUCCAGAGUUAAGCUUUAAGUUUCAAGGGGCUAAAGGGCUUAUUUAAAACAACGUUGAGGCUGAGCAGCCUGUUAACAAGGAGGCACAUUGUACAAGAUUAACACCAAGCAGAUGUUUUCAUUGGAUUCACUGAAAUAAGACUGCUAGAGAAUAUGAAAUGCAAUCCACAAAUCCUGAAUUUAUCUGCCUUGUACUAAACAGGGUAGGGACAGGAAUACCUAAAGGACCAGCUCCAACAACAUGAGGCUUUGCUGUGCAUCCCAAGACUGUCUGAAGUUUGGUUGGUGGUGGGAAUACACAUUGGGGUUUGCUGUGUUGCCAUGCCUAGAUGUUUGAAUGUGCUGCCAUGUUCUUCGGCCCUGUGACUUGCUGGAUAUUUGAUUGGCUGAUACCUAUUAUACUCUCUACUGUCUCUUUUUUAACAAGGGGGACUCUGCAACAAAAUGUAGCUGUCUGGAGUGCUGCUGUCCACUCUUCCAGCCAGCCAGCAUGUUCGGUCCUCCUCAUUGAGCUGCUUUGGGGAUUUCCCAAAAUUCUUUUUGCAAUUUUUUGUAAACCUUGGUUGGGGUACCCCCACCCAGCUUGCUGUUGCCUCCUCACUUAUCUUGAAUCACAGAAUUGUAGAGUUCGAAGGAACCACAAGAAUCAUCUAGUCCAACCCACUACAAUGCAGAAAUCUUCCACCCAAUGUGGGGCUCAAAUUCAUGACCCUGAGAGUCUUAUGCUCCAUGGUGCCAUUUUGGCUACACGAGGAUCUGCAUUUGCUAUUGAGCUUUGGAAAUAGAGGGAAUAAUUGUCUUUAUUGAUUUAUGACACAAGUGACCUUUUGUGCCUGUAACUGAGGCAGAAAGGAAGGAUGUAAUAAAUGAUAAAUUGCUACAUGAAGCUGUGCUGCUUCAUCUGUGCUACAGUCUCUCUUAAGCAUACUCCUGAUGCCUUCAGUAAAACUCCUUCUUAAUUAAGUGUGUUGGACAUGGCUAUGGUUUCCAUCAUCCAGUCUUGGCUGAACUCUCCCAAAGAUGCAGGACUGGAGAUAUUCCCUGUUGCAAAAAGGUCGGAUUCACUCCCAAUUUGUCUACCACAGCAUUCUAAAACAUCAUUCCAUGGUUUAAAUUAUCUCCUGGUGUGCUUGAAAAUUGGCUUUGGAGUGUCUGGGAUUUUUAACAUGGCUCAAAGAAUACCCCCCCCCAAAGUGCUGUAACCUUAGAGGCCAAAUCUACAGUCCUAUAUAACAUUACUCACCUCAGUGGUUUCAAUCAAUCCCUACUCCUACAUGGUUCGUUUUGGCAUGAGCUUCAAGCAGCGGUAGCCCAUCUCUGUAGAUUCUUCAUUCACUAUCUACUUCACACAUCUCAGGAAGGAAGCUUUCCCCCAUGAAAGGUGAUUCCAUAAUAAAGCAUUAGGAUUCAGGCAGAUCAGCAAGUUCUCAUCCAUCUGCUACUGAUAUUUGUACCGGGGGUGGCGUGGGGAGAACCCUCGCUGCCUCCCAGGAUAAUCUGCCAUGGUCUUCUGCUCUAAGCCUCCACUGAAGAGCAACAUUGUAAAGUCUUCUUCCUAUAACAAAUUGUGCCAGAGCUUCUACUCCUAUUAGAGAUGUGGUUUGGACUGAUCUUUUCCUUCCCGGCAGUCACUGCUGACCUCCACUGGCAGUCUCCUUUUAUUGAAAACAAACAUCAUGAAUUCAGCUAGAACUUGCCUGCUAAUUUCCUUUAGUAAAAACUGAACUUGGCUAUUUUACAAUCCUGUUUCAAGUGCUCUUUCUCUCUCCUCUUUUCUGCUCCAGUCCUCCCCCCCCCCCCCAAUUUAUCAAGGGGCAUGCAGGUACAAGCUCAGCACUUCAUUUUAAAAUAAUGACAAGAAUCCGUAGAUUGCAGUUCCAGGAGAAGAGAGCAGACAAAGGCACUUCCACUGACCUCUGAGGCCUUUUACUUCAGAGUAAAAGGACACCUCUUCCAAAGUGUCACAGCUCAUUUUGUCGUUUUGCUACUCUCCUCAAAUUGAUACACUACUCAGCAAUUGGUCCCUUACAUUCAACAGGAUUCACAAGUAUUGGCUACCACUGGCACCAGCAAUUCUGAAAAACGUUCCUCUUCCUUUAAAGAUGGUUGUAGCAAUAGGUGUUCAUGAGAAGUGCCCCUUGGGGCUAAGCAGCAGGAGAAUCCCCUUCUGCCAGAAAGUACUAUUCACACCCUUUAACCUCCAGCUGUUUCAGCUUUUUCUGAACAGAAUUGUCCCCCAUUUCCUAUUCAGUAGCUGUACUGGCUUUAUCGCAUCGUGUAAGCAAUUAGAACUAAACAGGUUUUUAAUGCCAGAAGAACGCAUACUUGCAGCAAAUGACGUAAGAACCCAGCUGUGUGGAAUCUAGAAUCACAAGAUCUACAAACAUUACAUACACACACCAUAAAUCAGUUAAGAUCAUUCAGAUUUAUUUUCUUAAAAGUGGACAGCCGGUAAUUUUUUUUAUCAUUCACUGUUUUCUCUUUAGGUUUUUCUUAGAGCCCUUGGCUGAGAAUUCUCACUAAUCUUCAUACAACUGGGGAACGGAGGGAGGCAGGAGGAGAUUGUGUGUGUGUGUGUGUGUGUGUGUGUGUAAGUGUAAGAGCAAGUGUGUGUAUGUGUGUGCAUUUAUGUGCUUUACGAUUCUUGAAUGUAUAUUUAUUUACACACUUAGCUUACACUGAAGUCUGUAAGAAGUCUUUUGCAAGGGACAAGGGGGAGAAGAAGGAACCGCCUGGGCACUGGCCCUAGGAUCCAUGUGAGAUUAUCCAGUAAGUUCACACACAGCUUCUCAGGCAUUCAAACUUAGCUGUAAAUUUGCUAGAGUAAUAUGCCAUCCAGUAUUAUUGGCAUACAGGAUGAAAGGGAGCCGAGGAAUGCUUCACUUCCAUUCCUUAAAUUCCACUAAGUUUUGUAAAUUUAAAUAUCAAGACAUUUAAGUAUUGUUCAUAUCACUCAUCUGUUCACCUAAUAAUUACAGCACAUUUUUAAAAAAUAAACACCCCCCUCCCAAAACAAAACAAAAUGACUUAAAAGGCUAUAUUGUACACAGUUUCAUUGGCUCCUGUGUUUAGAAAGGCUGUUGCAAAUGUUGCCAUACUUGUCAGAAUUUUCCUUGGAGCGAUGGAACAGGAUUGUCCGUUGGCACACUCAAAAUCCAGACACAAAACAAUAAUUAAAAAAAAUGUAUACCUUCAUAUAUCUGUAUUUAAAAAAAACCAACAACACUCAACCACUUAUUCAACUUUUAGAGUUUUUGUGAAAGAGCACAAAGAUUUGGCAAAAAAAGAUGUAAAAGAAGACUUUUGAUGUAUAAAACUCCUCACUGGUAGAAGAAACACUGACCACAAUUUGGCCUUGUCAUUACUUAACAUUUCCAUUCAUUUCUUAUUUUUUGCACACAUGUUGAAGUUGUGAACAGCAGAAGGGGCUAUACUGGUCAGGGUGGCAGGGACUCACAGGGAUGAUUCUGCACUAUCAGUUCCUUCCACAGAGAGAUAAUUCAUGAUAAACCAUGAUGCAAAGACAAUGUGUGUAUCUAGUAUGUACUUUGUACUUGCUGCAAGUUAGGUGCCUGUGCACGCUUGAUCCAUGUGUACAUAAUCUGGUACAGGUCAAGUACCAGACUGUAGGUUAAAGGAACCCUUUGCUCAGAUAUGCCUGUUCUCUAGCCUCUGGUCUCUUCCCUCUUGGGGGUUGGGAGUUGCAACACAGCCCUCUCCCCAACUCUGCAUCAUUCCAACAGUAUGAUGGUUUCUAGGACAAUAAGGACAACAAUCUGUCUCAUUAUACAUAGAACAUGGUAAGCUCUGCUAUCUCUUGGGGGGGGGGGAAUGAAACAGACGGAAUGAGCCAGUGGAUGAUGUGAUAGUAGUGAAAACACUUCCAUACAGUUCAGAACCUCGCCAUUUGGUGGGAGGCUUGCACACUCCAAGACAUUGUUUUUGCAAAAAGGUGUGUGGGCAGUUGAAGGGAUCUGUGAACAUACUUCAGAUUUCUCCCUUCCGUGACUGGGUCUUCCAAGCACUACGCCAUUGUUUCCACUGUGGCAAGCAGCUGUGGCUCGCCUGUUUCACAUCACCUUAAGAAACCAGAUUCAUCUGCACAGAUCCUCAGCAAAGACCAAUAUACUUGAGGUUGUUCUGAAUGAUGACGUCUGUCACCGCAUCAAACACAAACUGGAUAUUACUGGUGUCAGUGGCGCAAGUGAAGUGUGAAUAAAUCUCCUUGGUCUCCUUGUUGCGAUUCAAGUCCUCAAACUGACGCUGGAUGUAGACAGCUGCCUCCUCGUAAGUGUUUUGGCCUUUGUACUCCGGAAAACAGACUGUCAGAGGAAUGCGGCGGAUUUUUUCAGCCAGCAGAUCCUUCUUAUUCAGGAAGAGGAUGAGGGAGGUGUUGAUAAACCAGUUGUUGUUGCAAAUUGAGUCAAAAAGACGAAGGCUCUCAGCCAUCCGACUCUGUGGGAAAGGACAGAAGCAUCAGCAAGAGAAUCGCACACAAAAUUACGCAGGAACCUCAACAGCCAUAGCCACCUCAGUGAAUAGUCUUAAGGUGCUUCUCACCCAAGCUGCCCCAAAGAUGGAUUUUCUUUUAAAGAAGUGUUAGCUUGUACCAGCCUUGAGUAGUCUGCUGCCUUCCAGAUAUUGUUGGAUUAAAGCUUCCAUCAGCUCCACCCAACAUGGCUGUGGUGUCUGGGGCUGAUGGGAGUUGAGGUCCAAAAUGUCAGGAGAGUGCCAGGCUUUGCAAACACUGGCUAAUUUAAACUUGGAAACAGCAGAUCUCUUUCUCUCUCGUUCUGGUAGAGGAACCAAACAAACACAUAAGGCUGUCACAGCACCAGUUGUAAAAUGGAAAAACAGUUUUCCAAACUCAUGUUCACACGUGCACAUCCACACUCCCACAACCUUCUGCAUGCAAACCAUCCAUUUGGCCACAGAGUUACAACCCUUCUCCUUCAGGCUCAUUGGCGCCACAUAGGCAAAUUUAUGUGCUGCUUCCUUGCAGAGGAGAAAUGCUUUCUGUUUAGAGAACUUCAUCACAUGUCAAGCAAGCCCAAGACAUCAUUUAACAACAUACAUUUUUUAUAGCCAUCGUGCUGCUAGGAUGAUUUCGCAUGGAGCUGUCCAUGGUACGCUGUUUCCUAUUUAGUGAAGACAUAACUUUGAACUCCACUAAAAAACGACGUUUCAAAAGUAUUUGAAGUAAUCAUUUCCAGAGAGGAGGGAGCCCACCGCACAAGCGGCAUUUGUGACCGUUCAAGGCCAAGCAUUUCAUCAGGUGCCAGAUGGUCACUUCUACAUUUGUGUCCGCAGGAAACUUGUACUCCUCUUGCCAAGCACAGCAGAUCAAAAGAACAAAAACCUCCUCCCACUUAUUUAUUGUUUAGAAAUCACCUACAUUAUCCUAGGUGCUGUACAAAGCUAAGACCACAGACUUACAGCCUAGUAGACAUUACAGAAGAAAAGGGGGCUGGGAACGGGAAACUAGCAGAUUCAGGCACUAAUUCCUGAUAGAAAAGCUGUUUGUGGAAAGCAGAGCCCAAGACCACUGGACUCCAUCCAGCAGAGGCUAGGUACUUCUAAUCUCAUUUAUUUCAUUGAGGGGAUUAAGCACAUACUUGAUGGGAUUUAAAGUUGCUUAACUUUGCCUGGAUUGCACAAGAAAUAGUUUUCAAAAUUUAUAUAUGUACAAGCAGAUCUGCAAGUAGUGCUGUUUUGAACCAGAAAAGCAUGGGUGUGGGCAGCCUGGAUUUCCUUAGCCCUUUCCAGGUAUUACUUGAUAUAACAAUAACAACAAUAAUAACGGCAACACAGUAAGCCAGUGACAAUUAACAAGGCCUUUAGAGGGAGAAAGUACAUAAAUUCUACAAGCUGUUGUCAAUCCAAACAAUGGCUCGAUUUCCAAAACCUGCCAUCUGGAUGGGCCUUUCUUAGGAGCACCUCAGGUCACAAGCCACCCAAGGUGAUGCCAGUUACAAAGAGAGAUCAAUGUGCCUUGGAGGCUUUUAGUAUAUGGAAAGAUAUUCAGAGUUGAGUAACGCAGAACAUUCAUGUUAUGAACAAGUCAAAUGCUUAUACAAGGCUGAAUUCUUGUAACAGUAUCUUCCAGGAACUUUAAUACAACAAACGGAGAAAAUUUGCAGAAAACCAUGCAGGGAAUAACACUGGCCUGGUUCAUACGUCAAGGCCUUCAAGAGAGGAAACAAACCAUGUGCAGAGUAGCCUUGGUUCUGGAGAAAUCACAAGAUAAAGGAAGCAAAUCAUUAUAAGAUGGAUAAGCAUCCAAGGUCAUGCUUGUUCAUGCUUUAGAAUUCCACAUACUACUCCUGGGACUAAUUCAAGAGCUCUUACCUUACACCCAAUGCCCUCCCUUUGAGUCAUGUCCUCUCCACUGCAAAUGCCCCUGCAGAUUAAUGCCAUUUGUGAAUGAUGCUCUUCAUUAAUGGCUCUAUGAUUGAAUCACACUCUGAAGCAGCAUCACGCUGGAGGGAAGAGAGGAAAUUCCAGCCAGAUCACCAGCUUUUGUGAUUCUGAAAUGGAAUCCAGGGUCUGACAGAAGAAAGCCUCACUCUCACUUGCCUCUUUUCAAAACUGAAGGACUCUGAGCCACAGUAGCAAAGUUCCCUCUUGUAAUACUUAUUUCCCCCACUUGUGCGAUUUUGUCACAGUGUCGCAUUCCACCCCUACGCCCUGAGAGCACAAUGAGUUCAUCUUACAUCUCUGGCGUUUCAGAGAAGUCCAGGGCUCCUCUACUUUCCAUCAUCAUCAACCACUGGGUUUCUCUGGCAGCCAGGCUCCCCCCACCCCCCCUGAAAUCUUCUCUGUCUAGAGCAGAAAAAGGAAUUCAGCUCAGAGGGGAAAUCAAGAUGAUUCACAGAAUAUUAGAUGAGGUAAAAUCAGCAAAUGCAAAGCGGGAGAAAAGAAUGGUUUGGGGAAGUUAGUCCCCAUCUGCAAAAGGGGCUGUGAACUUGGAGUGGAGAGGGAUGAAGCAGCCAGCCAGAAGGGCUCCAGCUGCAAGCUUGCAUAUUGACUAUUUCAGAACAGUGUUAAUAGCUUGAGCAUUGCACUUUGUAUGUCUUACAUGGUUAUCUUUUCAGAUGGUAACCAGCCCUGAACUAGUGAAAUAAGGUGAUACAUAUAAAAAUCAAUCAGUCAUUAUAUCAGCACUUAGCUUGGAUCAGCUCUGCCAGAAAAUGGCCUGACGGUAGACAACGAGGGAACACACUUUUGUCUAACCACUGUAAUUGAAUGCAGUCACUUGAAGUUCCUACUCAGGUUUCCAUGGAAAUAGCAAAUAAGCAUAGUGAUAUUAUAGGUGUAAAUAUAUUCAGAAACACGGGGAAAGAUUGUGUGUGUGUUUGUGUGUGUCAGGUACUGUAGCACUGAAGCAGGCACAGAGACAGGCACAAAACAUUCCACACAAAGGUUCACAAAGUGUCCACACCAAGUGUCCCCCAAUGGCAGAGGAUUCUUCAUAAGUUUUCUGCAUAUGUGAGCUGAAAUUAUGCGAAAGAGGGUGGUGGGUGGUACAGAGACACACAGGCAGGAGCACAAAUGUUACUUGGAUCGUUUCAUAGAGUUGCAGGUUCUUAGGAAGCCCUUUAUGCUCUUUACAAAUGGGGUGAUGUAGAUGUUCCUGGUACAGACCUGGCAAGGCUUUCAGGCCUAGUACUCCACAGAGGGGCAUUUGCUACAGCAAGCAAAGAAGCUGUAGUGGUGACAGCAAAGUUCUCCUGGGCCUGACCUCAGAAACAAGCUUUGGCAGUUGUUAAAUGCCUGUUCAAAAGCAAAGUUGAGCUGCUAAGCCCCCAUCACCAACCCUGGUCCCUCAGGGAUCAGAAUCCAGGCUGGAAAAGGCCUCCUGCUUUUCCUCCCCACCAUCUACCCCAAGCCCACCCCAUCAGAAAGCAAGGAGGUGGGUUGGAGGUGUUUCCUUCCCUCCCUCUCACAGUGACUCGCUGCAGAGGAUGUGAGGACUUAAAGAGUUCUGCUGCCUCUUGUGUAGUAUUUCCAAGGUCCCUGAGGCUUGUAUGGGUCCUAGGCCCGAAGGGGCCUUAAAGCCCAGAAGCCAGUUUGGACUGGACAUGCUCACACCUUUCACCCCAGUCAUUAGAAGACUUUAAGUGACAACCCUCUGCACUCGCUGCAGCCUCCUCUACACUACUGUGCAGCAGUCCAUUUUGGAGGUUACAGAAGCACAGAUCAGUGUCAUAACGUCCCCAUCUUUAAGGAAGCACAACAAAUGCAGCUGAGGGAAAGAUAUGUCUGUCCCCACCCACUAGCCAACCCUAUGUGCUUAUUUUAUUCCACAGCAAGACAGGAGCCAAGAGCAGCUCAAAGCAGCAAACCUGUUUGCGUGUGUAUACGGCAACCUCAUCUCCCACAGACAGACUGGGUUCAAGCACAGCCUUAGCCAGGCAGCCCCCAAAGGCACCCUUCCCAGUGCCUGCAGCUCCCCUCCUGACUGCCGAUACAGAAAGGGGGCAAUUCGCCCCCUUCGGUCAUAAUUACACCAAACCCAGCUGCAGUUUAUCACAGCAAGGGCUACUUUGCCAAAAUGGCGGCCUGAGGGGGAAACUGAGGGGGAAAUAUUAAGCCCCUAAUAUUUCUCCAUUAAAAACUGUCUGCAAAUGGAGUGGGUAAUUAUUUUCCACUGUAUACUAUUAUUCUUGCGGUCCCUCCCACUCCCACAUUCACCUCCACACAAUCCUUUAAGCAUUUACCGUAAUAGGGAUAUAUUUCCCUAUUAAGCUCUUUCUGAAUUUGUUUAAAAAUAAAAUCGGUCUCUUGCCUUUUCUUCUUUAAUUUGCAUCAGAGAACUAAUGGCAGAUUUGAUACUAUAUUUUCUGGCUGCUGCUUCCACUUUUAAUUGUGGAAGCUGCAUUUUUGCCUCCAUCCCUACAAGGCAGCAGAGUAUUAGAGAUUACCGUCCACACACUUUCACUGCGCAGAUACUGGUGGUUAGGUGAAACCUCUUUAAAACUGUUUAGCAGAGUUUAUCUUCUUUCUGUCUCUUGCGCAGAAGCAGUGGACAAUGACGAAGUUGUUCUAAAGAUGACUCACACAAACUCUGUGAAGUCUCGGUCAAGAGAUUUUAUUCCCAGACCGGGUACAAGCAUUACGGUAGCCAAUAUAUUUUCGACUGUUAACAUAAACAGCAAUUAACUGUACACUUUCAAACAAAAGUCUUUCAUCUCCUACACGUCGUAAAUUACAGGAGCAGUCCUUCAGAAUAUUUUACAGGCAAUACUCUUCGGACAGAUGUCGUCUUCUUAUUUGCACUUCCAGCUGAUGCUAAUUAAGCUCAGAGUACCACUCCCAUAUAUAAAGGAAAAACUCUGGAGCCUUCUAGAAACUUUCUACUUAUUUCUGGCAGAAUGAUUCCCUAACACAGAGACCAGUCUGCUUUUCAGGGGUGAAGGAUUUUUCCUAUUCCACUUCCAAAGCCCUAUAUGGCUUGGGUCCAGGCUGCCUGAAGGACCAUAUCUCCCUAUAUGAGCCUGUCUGGGCUUUGACAUCUUCUGGGGAGACGCCACUCUCAGUCCCACCACCUUCACAGGCACAUUUGCUGAGGACAUGAGAGAAGGCCUUCUUGAUGUCUGCUACCAGACUGUGGAAUGCCCUUCCAUGGGAGCUUUGCCUGACUCCCUCUCCGCUUUCCUUUUGCUGGCAAGCAAAGACUUCCUUGUUCUAGCAGGCCUUUGGCCACUUAAUGUCUGUUGUGACAGGUUCUUCUGAGGGUGGGUGUUGCACUUUGCGUGUUUGCACUUUAAAUUGUUUUUAAGUAAUUUUUAAUAGGGUUACAGUGGUACCUCGGGUUAAGUACUUAAUUCAUUCCGGAGGUCUGUACUUAACCUGAAACUGUUCUUAACCUGAAGCACCACUUUAGCUAAUGGGGCCUCCUGCUGCUGCCACGCCGCCGGAGCACGAUUUCUGUUCUCAUCCUGAAGCAAAGUUCUUAACCUGAAGCACUAUUUCUGGGUUAGCGGAGUCUGUAACCUGAAGCGUAUGUAACCCCGAGGUACCACUGUACUUAUUUAAUUGGUUUUUAAAAAAAAUAUUUUUAUUGAUGGUGUGUUUUUAGCUGCAACUGUCUUAAUUGAUGUUGUGAGCCAGCCUGGGAGGAAGGUGGGACAAAAAAUAAAAUAAAUAAAAAAUAAGUCUGUUAUGCCCUGAUUUUGCAGCCAUGUCACAGUAAUGCUUGCUCUGCAGUCUGGAGAUGAGGGCAGCUUGGCCUUAAGAGGCCUCCUUAGCUGCAGCACAUAAUAAGCUUGUUUGCAGGGCUGCAGCUCAAAUCUUGGCUCAGGGGGCAGAAUCAGCCAAUGAAAAGAGAGAGGGGUGCUGCAGACAGUGCCACCCCCACCAUGCCCAGUCCUCCUCCUUUUCACAAAAUCUGCCCCCAGUGUCUGGGUGCCAGGACUCACAGGAAGCCACUGGGAAAGGAAAACCAGAUAUGGAAAUGAUUCUCCAGGUUUUUUGUUUGGUAACAAUUAGUUGCACCCUUAAGGCAAGCACUAUACCAGGGUGGACAACUUGUAGCACUUGGGCUAAUGACAUGCAGGCCAAACCCUGAUUUCAAAAGCCCUCUGCAAGCGGUCAGUUUGGGCUUCUGGCAAGAGUGGAUUGUACUGCCCUUGGUAGUUCAUUGAAUAGCGGGGAAGGGCGUGUCUCUCUGCUCUGGUCCUAAUGACCCUCAAGAGAAUGCUGGGGAAGCAGGAGGAUGUCCAUCCCUAGUAAUGCCUGCUCUGGGAAUCUGAGAUUGAGGAUCCAUGGGCUGCUCUGCUCAAAGCAAGACCUGUAUGCUGCUGACGCUGCUAUGUCAGGAUAGCAAUCUCUUAGGGAUUCACCUUGGCUACAGUACAGGCUUUGAAACAACGUAUACUGCACAUUUAAUUAUGAGGCUUCUCUCUCUAUGAAAAUUGUAACAUAGUGUUCACAUUAUUGUUCAAGACAUUGAGGAUGCCACUGCAUGGAACAGUGGUCUUCUUCUCUGAGAGAUAUCUCACCAAACAGAGUUGUGGCGCACUAUUCCAACCCAUGCACAACAUCUCCCCAGAGCAAGGCACGGGUGGAGGCAGAAAUUGGGGACCCCUGCUGAUGCCUUCUAAACCAGUUACAAUUCCAAGAGGAUUAAAGCACAGUAUCAGUGCCAAAAUGUUGCAAAUCCAUUUUAAGUAGGUAGGCUAUUCCCACAAAAUCAGAACCAUUGGUCGAGAAAGAAAUGUAAUGUUGCUCAACUCGAUUUGAUUCUGUGAAGAAGGCAACUUUUGUAUGUGUGCAUAUGCAUCAUACAGGAAGUCUCAAUCUGUGUUUAAGGAAACUGGAGGAGUUGGGUGUGUGUGUGUUUUAAAGGAGGCCUAUUUUUAACAAUGCAUUCGAGCACAUGUGUAUAACCACCCCCACCCCCCAGUAUGUCAAGAUGAUAAUGUUGUCACUUUCGAAAAUAAAAUGCAAAAGGCAGAAAGUCAAGUAACAUUACAUUGCCCUGUCCUUAAAACUUAACUCCAGUUAAGAUGUCUUUAAACAGGGCCUUCCUAAGCACAAAUCUUAAUUUUCAGCACACAUUUUUGUGGUGGUAGGGAUCUGAGGAACAGGGUAAGGAGAAUGCAUCCCCGCUGCCCAGGAACAAAGAAACCCUAUUAUUCCACUCUAACAGAAGUUGUUUGCACUUAUAAAUUUUAUUUGAAAAUUUCAAAUAAAUUGUUUGCGAAGUCUGAAGGGAAUAAAACAGUUGGGCUCCUGGGAUCUCCCAUUGCUCUGCACUGCUGUGCAUGCGAGGCAUGGCUGGCCUAGAAGACUGGGUGACCCUUGCCCUAGUGAGGCAUUUGGAGAAUGGAGCCAUGCCUAUCUGCUAAAGAGAUUAAGACACACCAUCCAGGAGCUUCAGAAGGAGAGGGGGAGGUGAUGGUUUAGCACAGUGGUUUUCAACCAGUGUGCCAUGGCACCCUGGGGUGCCUUGAAUGAUAAUCAGGAGUGCCACAGGCAACUCUGGUCUCCGUCCCUGUUCCCUUCCCUCCCUCCCUCCCUCCUCUGAUGCCCUAUCACAUCUUUGCCUCCCAAAGGCUUGCACAGCUGUUCGUUGCAGCAGCCCUGGCUACAAGCUCUGCAGGUGAAUGGUGUCUCUGGGGAUGGUCAGGAGGUGCUGGUUGCCAGGAGCUGAGGUGGCCUUGGAGUAGGCCCAGCAAGCAGGCGAGGGAGUCCAGCCAGCCAAUCCACCAGCCCUUGCUGUAGUCCCAGGCCUCUAUGGGGCAGUGUGAGGAGGCACCUCUCUUUGGGGCAGGGUGGGCAGCUCAGAGACCAGGGGUGGCAGCAACAGCUGCCCAGAGGACUCCUAAGGAGAGGGGAGAGGAGAGGAGGCUGAGGGAACACUCCACAAGGGAGGGUAUUUGAAAAAAGGGUGAGAGGCUGCCAGCUCUGCUGGAAAGCAGUGACACAACUGGGCUCCUGAGCCCCACAGGGGUGCCGCAGAAAGAAUGUAGUUGGUCAAGGGAGCCGUGGAUUGGAAAAGGUUGAAAAUCUCUGGUUUAGCAGAACAGGCAUCUAUAUGUUACCUAAACAAAUCAUUGCAGCUGCCUGACGAAGGAGAAUGGCCAGAUGCAAGGGAGGGGGGAAAGGCAUAAAUAAUCCAUACGUUUAAUAGCUCUAUAGCAAAGAGCACUUUAGCAAGCACCCAUCCAGCUGCACCUGCCAUAUGCCCCCUUUACUUGGCAAGUAUGGGGAUCCGCCUGCUCACCCCCUUUGCCCCCCAAAUCACUUACUUUCUACAAUUAAACACACAUCUCAACAUUCUAGGAUGGCUUUUGUCCUCUAAAUAAUAUUGAAGCAGAAUAAGCAUGUAAACAUCAUCUGACACGUUGUACUCAAACUUACAAGAAGCAGGACCAACAUCAUCUGAAACAUGUGUCUGGUUUCCCCUGUCUGAAUCAGAGGGGUCUCACUGUGGAAGCAGCCAAGUCCACAUGAGUCAGCCAUUCACCCCUCAAGCUAACGCUGUUGACGUGAAUAAUAGAAAUUGUGCAGAGGCACAGAGGAAAAUGUAGGGAUGGAAGAAUGAGUGCACAAGAGCCAUCCUUCUUUCCUUUCCAGCUGGGGCUGCUGCACAUGAAAUUUGGAUAGUGUUGUGCACGAGUCACUUCCCUUCAGAGCCUGGCCUUGAGAAUGCCAGUGCCUAGCUCUGGGCUGGACUGACAGUUACCAUUAAAGAAACCCCCUCUGUGUUACAGACUCCCCAGGUUCUGCUGUGAGAAUUUAGGAUUUACAAGCUAACGAUGGAAGGGCACUGCUGUCAGAAAACCUCAGAAUGCAUUUAUGUGCUCCAUUACAAACACGUUGUUAUGGAAACAGGGGAGGAAAAGAACUGGGGCUGCUGAAAUAGAGGAAGCUUCUGGCUUAAUAUUGCAAGCUGAAAUUCCUUGAGCACGGGAGCAGCACCCCAGUCAAGGCAGUUCCAGCUCAUCCCACCUGUCCUAUGCGGAGUGAGUCCAACUCCUCAAAUAGAGUUUACCAGCGUUUGUCAAUAAGAAAAGGCCACUCACCAUCCAAAAGCGAGCCUUAAAACAUUUUAUUUUCUAACAAAGCCAGACUCAAGCAUCAGAUGUAUUUUCAGGCACCUACAUUUAAAAGAGGUCUUUGAAUCUCUUUUUGUAGAAAAUGCCAGCACAACAUUAUGACCUACUGAGCCAAAUGCAGCCCACUGGCUGUGUCCUGCGGCCAGCCAGAUGGUUGCUUGACAACUCCCCUGGCAGGCAGUAAAAGAAAAAGUGGGGGUGGGAGGAUGGACAAGCAGAUUAUCAAGCAUUUGGCUUGCUGAGUCACAACUUGUGCAAGCCUGCCUGAUUUAUUUGUACCCAAAUUGACAAAUUAAAAAAAUAUUCUUUUGCUUAGGGACUGGCCUGGUUAAAUAAUUGUACACAGAUCUGACACCAGAAAUGGCAAUCAUUCAGGAAUCAGUAGGAUAACUUUUCAGCCUACUGGGCCUCUCUGUUACAGUGGUACCUCGGUUUACGAACUUAAUCUGUUCCAGAAGUCCAUUCUUAAACCAAAACCGUUCUUAAACCAAGGCGCGCGUUCCCUAGUGAGGCCUCACGCCGCCGGUGCCCUUCCACCAUUCUGAUUCUAUUCUUAGACCAAGGUAAAGUUCUCAAACCAGGACACUAUUUCCGGUUUUGUAGAGUUCGUAAACCGAAUCGUUCUUAAAGAGGACUGUUCUUAAACCGAGGUACCACUGUACUGAGCUUAAUGUGACCAUCCUGGAAUUAAGCAGCUUUAAAGGAGAACAUCCAGGGUGAAAUUGCAGUUUAUGAAAAUUUUCAGUUCUAGUCACUUGUGUCUAAAUAGAGACCUUGUUCUACUGUCUCAGUACAGAUGCAUAAAAUUUACACAGCAAUCCCAAGAUGAUUCUGUUAUCACCAACCACUGCUAUUGUGAAAGGUGACCAGGCUCUUUUUGCAAACACAAGAAGAUCACACUCUAUGCAUUUGAUGAAGUGGGCUGUAGUCCAUGACAGAUUAUGCCACAAUGCUCCCACAAGACCCUUUGCUGACAAAGUUAACAAAUCUUCAUAAAAUCUUGUCUUAGAAAAUUGCCAGUUUCAUCAGUUAAAAAAAACAAAAACCCUACAAGCAAAAUAAGCAGACUGUUGCAUGUCCAAAACAUGUUCCUCAAUACACGGAACAGAGCACUCUGUCAACAAAGCUGCAUGAUGCCAGGGCUGUUCAGAUUUGUAGUCCAAAACAUCUAGAGGGCACUGGGUUGGGGAAGGUCGACAUGUACCCUCACUGCCUAGGGCUGAGUUCUCCCAACCACUCCAAGAGUGCUCACUGGAGCACAGAAAAGAGAGUAAAAGGUGCCCAUAGUCAUUCUUGAUACAAACUCUUGGUUUUUGUGUGUGUGUUUUUAUACACCCCCUUGUGUGUGCCAAUUAAGCCCAGGCCUCCCGAAUUAGUCUUAUUUUGGACAUCCAAUAGUAUCUUCAUUUUUUUAAAAUGACACAUGUAAAAAAAACCUAUACUAUUUUUCAUAGUGGUCAAUUGUCCAUUUAUUCUUGGCUCCUUCACACUGAGCAAUUGUGUAAAAUUCUUGUCUUGAUAAUAUUCCUCAGAUUAUCUUUAGCUUAAAAGACCGGGGUUAUGCAUUCCUUUGUCAGGAAUGAUUAUAUUCCAGCUUUCUCCUGGUCUAAUGUGCACAUAUCUUUGUACGCCCACUAACUGUUGAACAUGCAAUAGUUCCAUUACCUGAACCAUAACCGUGCUCUGAUCCUCUUCUAUUGCAGAAUCAUAUUACCGUACUUUGUAGGAUUGCUAGUUUCUAUCUUCUACCACAUCCCUCAGGAGAUAUUGAUGACUUUAUAGACAGUUGCUGAAUGAAAAUAUUAAAUUCAGCAUGAUGGCUUGCAGUCUCAUCAAAAGAUGUUUUCUCUGAAGUAUCACCAAUUUAAAUGCAUUUACUCCUUGCAACAAUACAAAUAACCUUUAGGACUGCAGGCUUAACACUCCCUAAUCAGGAAACGGCUUGAUUGCAAAGGAGAAAAAGCUUAAACAGAAAUAGACUUGAUUCAAAACCAAGGAUAACAGCAACAGUGGAAAUUGUAUCUGAUGGAAGCAGUGGCUCUGAACUGUGCAAUACAUUUAUGACCAUUGACACUUUGGGUCACGUACAUCUCAAGUUUUCCAUUCUCAGUGACAAUAGAAGAUUGCUGGAACAGUCAGGAGCUUUUGAAGUUCAAACGCUUACAGCAGCCCCUCUGCAAGGAUUGCUCAUCUAAGCAAACGAAACAGAUAUUGGCCAGGCAGGCCAUGCACAUUUCCCCUAACGGCAAAAGAAACAGUGGAAUGAGCAUGGUGGCAGGCAGAGCAGCAAACCAUUUCUAAUAAAAACCAGUAAUGUCUAAUACUAAUUCAGGUCCAUCAAAACGUUGCUUGAACCCAGCAUGGUAGCCCUGUACAUCCACCCAGUAGUUGCCAAGAUGCCUGCACACUCACUGACAUAUUCAUGUCCUGUAUGCUAUGAACAUUUUGGGGCAGGGGCCCUUGGUUCCAAAAGGGCAUUGAUUGAUGGAUUCCAUUUCAAUACGGAAGGAGGUAGACUCCACUAUGGUAGCAGAGCUGGGGUGGGAGAGUGCCAGAGCUCUGUCUAGUCAGGUUGUAUGGGAUCAUUUUCAACCUAUUGCCUCCGAGGAUGUGGACAGGCUGCUUGGAUGAGCAAAACCAACCACCUAUCUCCUUGACCCUUGCCCAUCCUGGCUCAUAAAAGCGAGCCAAGCAGGUUGGACAAUGGGCUGUGUGGGAUGGUGAAUGCUUCCCUCUGUAAGGGAGUCUUCUCUGAACCCCUUAAAGAGGCAGUUAUUAAACGUCUUCUUUGAAAAACCAUCUUUGGACCCAGCCAUUAUGGCUUAUUAUCGCCCAGUCUCAAAUCUUCCAUUCCUGGGCAAGGUCCUUGAGCGGUUGGUUGCUGAACAACUCCAGGCCAGUCUGGAGGAUGUGGACCAUUUGCAUCCCUUCCAAUUUGGAUUCAGACCCCAUCACAGGACUGAAAUAUUUUUAAUGUUUAAUGUUUUAGAUUAGAAGCUGCCCAGAAUGGCUGGGCAACCCAGUCAGAUGGGUGGAGUGCUACUACUACUACUACCAUUACUACUACUACAGGGAUACCUCGGUUUUCGAACGUAAUUGGUUCCAGAAGACUGUUUGAGUUCUGAAAUGUUCAAAAAUCGAAAACUCAACAGCCAACAGCUAGGCCUCAGGAUCUUGCACUCAGCGGAAGCCGCGUGGCAUGUUUGACUUCUGAGGCUUGUUCAAAAACCGAAUCAUUUACUUCUGGUUUUAUGGAGUUUGUAAACCGAAAUGUUCAUCAAUGGAGACAUUUGAAAACCGAGGUACUACUGUACUAAUAAUACCCCUCAUCAGAAGACCAUAGGGAGGUGUACAAUAUAAAACCACAAAAACAGAGUAACAAACAGAAACAAUAACAACCCCCACUUGUGCAAGCAACUUGGAUUCUUCUCCAUCUUGGAUGAUUACAGCUGCUUUUGAGGGACUGAGACUUUGACUCCCCAAAGUUUCCCAUAGAGAUGAAGAGAAGACAACUGUCAGGCUCUUCUCAAAAAACAAAACCAAAAAAAUCUUAUCUACCAGACUGAGGCUGAAUCUAAGCAACACACAGCAGCCUUCCCCAGUCUGGUGCCCACCAGAUGUUUUGGGGUACAAUUCCCAUCAGACCUAGGUGGCAUGGCUUUAUGAUGCUGUGGAUGAUGAGAGUUGUAGUCCAAAACAUGAGGAGGGCACCAGGUUGGGGAAGGGCCAUCACAAUGAAGGUUGGCAAGUUAUCAUACUUGUAAGAAUCAGUCAAGUUCAGGGUUUGGGUGUUGCUCUGGAUACAACAUUAUGCUACAAGGGGAGGAUAAUUUCUUGGAGUACAUUUCACCAGUUUACAUCUGAUGAGAGGGCUGUAAUUAUGUAAUUAUUUAAAUUUAUAGAAGGCUUUCCCCCCCAAGUUAAAGAUUGUUAGAAGGCAUGCAGUGAGAACUGAAACGAGAGCAAGAGCAGAAGCCUUGCUGUUCAAGAGCCAACUUAGCUACAUUUCCUGGUACUCCUGAAUUAACAAUUUUCUUUCUGUAGCCUCAUUUCAAUAGCCUUCCUUGGCAAACAUGUCUGAUUAUCUAAAUGUUCUAGGUCAGUCUUGCUGGCUGGGGCUGAUGGGAGUUGUAAACAUAUUUAUUUUAUUUAGGGAAAGCAUUUAUAAUCUACAUUUCAUUCGAAGCUCCUAGAAUGAAAAUAGAUAUAGCCCAAUCCAAAAAUGAACAAAAUUAAAGCAGUGUAAAAGGAAACAAGAAGUAAACAUCAGGAGGCCACCAGGCCAGGGGACGAAGGACGAAUCAAGCCCAGAUGGCUCAGCUUCUAGUGGCAAAUUUUAACCUUGAUCUGAAAAAGUUGCAUUGACCUCUAUAUCUACAAUCCCAGAGUGGUAUCAAGGUAUGCAGGACUUUUCAGGACUGCUUUGCAACUCUGCAAACAAUCCAGGCAAGAUUGUUGCCUGAUCUCUUCCCUGCCUAAACCACAUUAACCAUUAUAACAGCAUUUGAAAUGAUGCUUCACUCUCUCCCACCAUUUGUUAGAACAGAAGGAUCUCUCAAUGAAGCAGCUCUUACCCCCCGACUCGAGCUGCUUGUCAUUCUCCAUAAUUGCACAUCAAUUAUAAAUAGAGCCUGAGAUUACUACUUAAUUGCAUCCUACAGAAAAGGGUGCAUUCCCCCCCUCCCCAAUUAUAUAAAAAAGUGCUUUGUUUCAAAAUUCAUAGGCCUGUAGGUUCUCCUCAGUUCCUAUGGACACCAAGCUGAAUUAUCUGUUUCAGGAGAAUAUUGCCAGGAAUACUGAGCCCUUCUUUUAUUUCCCAGAGGGGGUGACAUUAUCAGAGGUUUGGAAAGAUCUCCCAAGCUUUCUGAAGUGCUUCAGAUGAAUAGGGGAAGGCAAAGCAGAGUGUGCAAGGCUCCUGAGACAUUUGCUCUGACAUUUGUUCUACCUCUAUUCUCAGAGGCUAUACACUGCUGAAUAGCAAUUGCUGAGAACUGCAAGUGGGGCAAGCGUGUGGGCUUCCCACUGGGGCAUCUGGUUGGCUACUGUAAGAACAGAGUGCUAGAUUAGAUGGGCCUUUGACCUGAUCCAGCAGGCUGUUCUUAUGUUCCUACCCACAACCCCCCAAACUCUGCAAAUCUUCAACAACAUUGUGGAGGCACAAUUAUGACUUCAGCUGUGACACUGAGAUUGGGGAUCUGCAAAAUGGCUUGCGGGAUAAGCCCUGAGAUUCUCCAUCAAAGCCAGACAUAAAUAUGGAAUUUUCAUCUGCUGAGCACACACAUUAUCAGCAGUGGCCAUGAGCGCUCUUUUUCUGCAUGAAGAACAUUUCAUAACAAAGCCAUUGAUUGGAUACCAGGAAUUCCAUACAGAGAACCUUCUGCAAACGAAGCAUCUACAAUUAUGCGUGUUACCAUCUUAGUUAAAUUAUAUAUUGAGGAAAGAGACUGGAAAGCACAAACAAAACUGGCAACAAAGGUCAAGUCAAGGAGGGUGAAUGCAAUGAUCCACGCACACUUCUGCAUAUGCAGUCAUUUCCAUAGUUACUGUAUCUGUUUGUUCAAGCAAACUGGAGGCCAGUAUUAGCACCAUAAAGAGACUGCAAAGGGAGUCGGUUUUUAUGAUAUGGACAGAAGCUGUUUAGUGAACACCAUAAAAUUCUCUGUGAAAACCCACGCAGAUAGUGAGUCUCAGACCAGCGGGUGCCAUUUUAAACAGCACAAAAAGGUUAAUUCAACUUAAUUUUGAAGCUUCAAAGGCUUUCUGGAACUCCUUUUUUAAACUGUGUCAUGUACAUCCCUCCAGAAUACUUUACCCAGAGUUUUCUGUAUUUACACGGCAACAGUACCUGCAAGAGGAACACAACAUCCAACCUAAAAGUGGCUGCCAAGACAAUGAUGUCUCUUUACAAAAAGAGAGUCACGUGGUCCAACAUCUGGGUCAUCAUAUCUUCUGAGCUUUGAAGGUAGAGCAGCAAUGAAACUUCAGACAGAGGGCAUUAGUAAACCCUACCUUUUCCAUUAUGAUAAAAACCACUCUGUUUUGGUCACAGAAGCUAGCCCAUAUGAAAGCCUUAUAGGAAAUAUAAGGGCAGUUACGAUGCUCAGCAGCUGUUUCCAGGAUACCUUCUCCUUGAGCACUCGGAAAAGAAACUGAGCAUCAUACCUGGAACCCACAAGCAGUAUCAAAAUACACAUAAUGAAACAAUGAAGACUGGAGGGGAUGGGGGACGGACGAAAGCUACAUUUGGACUUACCGUUUGGUUAUCUUCAUACAGCUUCAAGUCAUAUCCACUCAGUUCCACACAGAAAAUUAUUGCUGUAACCCCCUCAAAACAGUGGAUCCAUUUUUUGCGCUCAGACCUCUGCCCGCCAACAUCCACCAUUUUAAAAGUCAGCUCUUUGAAAGUAAACUUGUUUUCCACAAUCCCUGUGGUCAUGUCCCGAGAGCGCAGAAUGUCUUCGACUGUCGGGAUGUAAUCUAAUGCAGCAAUCCUUUCUAGGUCAUUCAAGUAGUAGGCAGCAUUAUCCUCUAGAUGGUACUCGUUGGAGCGACAGAAACACUCCUGUACCCCGGGGUCAGCCCAGAGCCUCUUCAUCACCCCGAGCAGCUCAGGCGUGAUCUCCCCUUUGCUUUCCGCGGGGCCCGUCAGAGCAAAGAGCUGCACCGCAUCGUAGGCGCGAUCGGGAUUGUGGAACUCGAUUUUCAGAGUCGCCAGGGCGCGGAUGAUGCGAGUGAGGGAGUCGAUGGCGUUAUAGAUAAUCAAAGGCUUGUACUCCUUGCAGGCCUCCAAGUUGAAGCCGCCGCUGUGGAUGAUUUUCAUCUGCUUGACAAUGGUGCUUUUGCCAGAGUUGCUGGUGCCAAGAAGUAAGAGCUUGAUCUCGCGCCGCUGCCGCUGACUCUCAGAGCGCAGGUGGCGGUCAAUUCUCCGGGACCGCCGCGCUGCCUCUUUCUCCUCAGAGCUUUGCCUACAUCCCAUGGUACAGCAGAGACUAGCAGAAGGGGAUAGCUGUAGACACACACACUCUCUCUCUCUGCUUCCCAGAAAUAACUGCAGCGAUUCUUUUUAUCUGGUGUAUCUUCUAGGAGCAGGGUGAGAGUACUGUCCAAUUUGUGAUGCCCUCCAAUAGACCAGGACCAAGUACUUCAGUCCCAGGAAGGUUGCAAAGUCAUAACAGGCAACCACAAACAAACAGUAGCUUCAGCAGAGCUCAUUAGCACUCCCAUUUUCUGAGGAAGCAUUUGCACGUUCCUCUUAUGGAAGGGAAGCUUUCCUUGCCCACAGAGUGGUCAAAAUCUGCCCAGUGUCCCCUUUUGCUCUCCUGCAUAGUUCUCCUGCACAAAGGCAAGGAGGAGGUGCCCUGGCUUCUGCCGCACUUCUAAGUUUCACUCGUAGUUUCCAGUUGCUGUAGCAAUGCCAUCAGGUGCAGUGAAAACUCCUGUCCAGUCUUGUGCUGCAUUGAUCCGGCUUCCCUUUCAGACGUGAUUCUUUAUGCUGGUCAAGUUUGGGUACGUGAAGCCACAGUCUCCCCCUGUUAAGACAGUGGGACAGAGGGGGAAACGUUAAAUGAACUUCUUUAACUGGGGAACUUGAACAUCUUAUCCUCCCCAAAGCAAGCAACCCAAAUAGAAAGCAGGAAAUCUUGGAAUGGAGCAAAAACACAGCUAGCUGAAGGCUGAGGAGCCCUGGAGAUUGUGUGCUUGGCACAAAAGCAAACCUAAUCCCUUUUGUUAUUCCAGCCUGAUGUUUUUAUUACCCAAACCCACAUGAGCUGUUUACAAGCUCUUCUCAUGAAGAAGACAACCCUCCUCUUCCUGCACAGCCCUGUCUUGACUACUUUUUCCCAAAAUGAAGGAAAGAAGAGGAAAAGGGAGACAGAUCCACCAUUUCCUUCCCUGUUGCCUCAGAGUCCAACACCCAUUGAAUGCACAUGUGCAGGUACACACACACACACACACACACACACACACACCAUUGCUUUCCUUUCUCUCUUUUUGACAUUGAACUUUUUCUUUUGCAAUUCAUGGAGUGAAUUUUUAAAUCAAGAUCUUAAAGCAAAGCUUUCCAAAUGGGUUUAUCUGAAGUAAUGGGCUUUCCUUCAUUGGAGAGUUUUAAACAGAGUUUGAAUGGCUAUCUGCCAGGGAUUCUUUAACUGUGAUUCCUGUAUUGCAGGGGAUUGGACCAGAUGAACCUUGGGGUGCCUUCCAACUCUACAAUUCUAUGAGUGCAGAAACUCUGUUGCCUUUAGAGCAGCCUUCCCAAACCUCAUGCCCUAGUGGACUGCAACUCACAUCAGCCCAGGAGAGAAGGAGGCUGUUUUAGAGGGUCUUUGUGGGCUCAUCAAAUACCCAAAUAGAUCCUCACUCCUCAACUCAAACGAGAGGGAAGCCUUAGCAUGUAUGUUGGCCUUUGUUGACAUUUGCCCCUUGUUCUUCCUGCCUCACCCACCCUUGUUUCCCUUAAGCUUUCUUCCUCUACUCUUGAUUAGGGAUGGGAGAGAAAUUUGAUCCAGUCCACAUUUAAAGGUAAACCCACUUAACUGGAACUUUCCAAAAAAAUGUAAGGACUGCAACACAGGCAGCCUUCAAAAUUCACACUUCUGUGAAUUUUGUAGUGCAGUUCUCCAGCUAAGUAAUGUGUGCACAAAAAUGCAUCUGCUGGGUUAAAGUGUGCCCAAAAAUGCAAAUGUAUGUGAAAAUAGCAUACAGUCAUGCAUUAUAUUUGGGAAACUGCUUUGCAAACAUGUGUCUAUUGGGCAAAAUGCCAUACAAAAAUGUGUCUCUUAAAAGAAGUUCACACUAAAACGCUGAUAAAUUUCAGUGAGAACCUUUGUAAAAUGAUGUGGAAGUGUAGAGAACUGAAUUUAAAGUUGAGAAAAAUGAGAAACUUAAAUUGACAGAUUUGCCCUUCAGCAAUUCAGUAAUCAGCCACUCCAAUGAUCUCAUAAUUAGCAUGUGCAUACCUGUUUUGUAUCUGAAGUGCUCUGCUAUUUCCUCAUGUCUUCCCAUAUAUUAUGACAUUUCCUGCUGAUUUCUCCCAACACACUUCAGCCUACAGUAAGUUAAGCUGUCCCUCCCUGCCAGAACCCCAGCAGGAACCAGUAGAACACAUCCAGUCUGACUCAACUUUCUAAAAUGAGCAGAAAAGCCAGGAUUCCUUUACAGCCUUCUCUAACCUGGUGUCCUCCACGUAUUUUGGACUGCAACUCCCAGAACAGACAUAAUUUUAUUGUAUGGUGCUUAGAAACUUUGCUGAUUAAAUGGCAUACAUAAAUAAAAAUAUAUGAUCUGAUUUGAACAUUUUAAUCAAUAUCCUGGACGCCUUAGCCUUUACUACUUUGUUGCUUCUGUCAUAUUAAGACUUCUUGGCAUUAUUAUUUUCUGUCUUUAUAAAGGGGAGGGUGGAAUCUCCAGCCCAUGGGUCAAUCUUCAUCUGCCAGUGGUCCAAUUUGACCUGCGAGGCCAUUUCCACUGUAACCACAGCCACCUGUCAGUCAACUGACAUCACUGGGUGACAUCAGCUGAUGGGCAGGGUUCAAUCCUGCUGGGUACCACCUCACCAGCACGCUCCCUGUAGGGAAUGCUCUGGCAAAGCUGUGGAGAGCAGGAUUCAAGCCUUCACUUAUCAGCUGGUGAGCGGAGAGUUCAAUCCUGCUAGGUGCCGAUUUGCCAGCACAUUCCCAACACAGAACCUUCCCUCCACACCACAGGUUAAUUUUGACAGGACCGCCCAUUCAUCAGUCUCAUGACAUCAGGUGAUUGGCAGGUGAACAGCCUGCGAAGUGGGGGGAGACAAUGUUCUGGUCCACCAGGUCAAAAAAGCUUAAUUUUUUUUCUUAUGUAGCCCAAAGCAGUUAACCAUACAAUACCAGUACUUUAAAAUUUGCAAUUUAAGAACCGAAAAGCAACUGUCAAUGUCAUUUUCAUUCUAAAACUUGCAGCAAGCAACUGCAAAAAUAAAUAUUAAAAGCUUCAGAGGGGGGAUAGGUUUUAGGUUCCUCAAAUACUUAGCCCAGUUACAGUUAAAAAUGAACCGAAGAUCAGCUCUUCGGACAAUGAGACCAAAGGCUCAUCCAUUCCAGCAUUUGUUUUCACCAUACGCCAAAAAAACUGGCCCUCCAGCAUCAGAAACAGGAAGCUGAACUGAGUCUUUUCCUUCCUCUUGCAGAAGGACUCUUCUUACAUUCUUCCUGAACUCUAAUUUGGUUUGGCGUCUGCAGGCAUCAUUCCUGGAGGAAGGCAUGCUAUGAAACAGAGUUGGCAGACUCCAGGUGUGUCAGAUUGACACGUGUGUGUGUUCGCUUUACUAAAAUCCCAAGAUCUACCAACCAGUGCCAGGUACAUGAGAGAGAUAUUUAAAAUUAAAGAACAGGGGGCCUUCUGAGCACAUUCUGAACCAGGGAUUUUGUUUCCUGUAGCAGAGCCAGAAUGAGCGCACACUGCUUUCACACACAAGUCUACUCCUGGUCAGCUUUCUUCAUUUCAGCAGCUUAAUUCAGGUGGGAAAAGCAGCUAUGCUGUUGCUAUCAUUAAAGAGCCAGACAGCCUAUACAAUUGACUGCAAAUCGCACAGAGGUCUACUGAGAGAACCCAGCCCUCCUUAUGCCCAACCCUUCUAUAAGCCACAAUGACUGUGCUCUGCCUCCACAGUCAGAGGCAGCAAUGCUUCCGAAUACUAGUUGCUGGAAACCACAGGAGGGGAGAGCGUACUUGUGCUCGAAUCCUGCUUGCCAGUUUCCCACAGACAACUAGUUGGCUGCUGUGAGAACAGGAUGCUGGACUGGAUGGGCCAUUGGCCUAAGCCAGCAGGCCCUUCUGAUAGGGCAGAUAUCCCUGACAGGGAUAACUACUGACAACCUCAACAACCUCAGAUAUGCAGAUGACACAACCUUGAUGGCAGAAAGUGAGGAGGAAUUAAAUAACCUUUUAUUGAGAGUGAAAGAGGAGAGCGCAAAAUAUGGUCUGAAGCUCAACAUCAAAAAAACGAAGAUCAUGGCCACUGGUCCCAUCACCUCCUGGCAAACAGAAGGGGAAGAAAUGGAGGCAGAGAGAGAUUUUACUUUCUUGGGCUCCAUGAUCACUGCAGAUUGUGACAGCAGCCACAAAAUUAAAAGACGCCUGCUUCUUGGGAGAAAAGCAAUGACAAACCUAGACAGCAUCUUAAAAAGUAGAGACAUCACCUUGCCAACAAAGUAAAAGCUAUGGUUUUCCCAGUAGUGAUGUAUGGAAGUGAGAGCUGGACCAUAAAGAAGGCUGAUCGCUGAAGAAUUGAUGCUUUUGAAUUAUGGUGCUGGAGGAGACUCUUGAGAGUCCCAUGGACUGCAAGAAGAUCAAAUGUAUCCAUUCUUAAGGAAAUCAGCCCUGAGUGCUCACUGGAAGGACAGAUCCUGAAGCUGAGGCUCCAAUACUUGGCCACCUCAUGAGAAGAGAAGACUUCCUGGAAAAGACCCUGAUGUUGGGAAAGAUGAAGGGCACAAGGAGAAGGGGACGACAGAGGACAAGAUGGUUGGAUAGUGUUUUCGAAGCUACCAGCAUGAGUUUGACCAAACUGCGGGAGGCAGUGGAAGACAGAAGUGCCUGGCGUUCUCUGGUCCAUGGGGUCAAGAAGAGUUGGACAUGACUAAACGGCUAAACAACAACAAAUACUGACACCUCUAUGGAGGUACUUGGAGCAGUCCCGUCCCCCCAACCAAUCUCAAUUACAAAAUGAUCUUCCAAUUUACGUUGCACUUUCUGCAUGGGCAACGGUUGCUGCCAGCUGAUUAGCAUAUUGGUCCAAGUGCCACAGCCACCCUCCAGCAUUUCCUUCCACAAACACAGUGCUUCCCUUUCCUCACAGACGCCUGCUCCUCCAGUCCUCGAGACACUCCUCCUCUUCCUCUUCUGCAGAGGAGGCAGUGAGGUCCAGGCAGCCACAGAGCCCAGAUAACUGGAUUAGAUCAGAGCACUGCCUUUAAUCUGUAGAAGCUGAUCUGUCAACAGCACCAAUUAGGAGCUUAAUCCUUUCAAUCCCAUAGAUAAAUUGUACAGAAUCUGCUCUAGAGCUGUUAUACACACCGCAGACUGGUAGCAGUUCAUUGGCAUUGAGUGGGUUGGUAUACAUGACCCUUUUGAAGACAUCCGUUCCUGCAGGCGGUUUAAAACUUGGCAGAUUAAUUUUAUCUGCCAUCUGUUUGACUCCUGCUUAUUUUGUUGAUGCCAUGCCCUUUAACCCUGUUUUGAUAUUGAUACUGGUUUUUAAUUUUUGUUCUGUUAGCUGCCUUGGACAUCUUCUGAUGGAAAGAUGGGGCAUAAAUUGACUACAACGAAGUGCCUUUUACUUAAGGAAUUUAUAUCAUAUGUUCCACGUAAGUCCGAACAUGGCUAUAACAAAUAGCUUGAUGAUAAAAUAUUAGCUACUUUAUUCAUUUGCAUUAGCAUGCCACACCACAACACAAAGUUAAAAUAAAUAAAAUAAGACAGAAGUUAAAUAAAGUUCUGUAGGAAACUUACAUUAAAUCAGUAAAAAACCAAAAUAAGCAAAAUAAUAUAUGGAAGACAUAAAAUCAAAAGCAACAUAGAUACAGCUAAAGCUGGGGUGGGGGGGUGUCACUAUAGCCUGAAAGUCAAAACACAGAUUUUAAAACUACGUAAAUUAUCAAAAAGGCCUGGGUGAAGAGAAAGGUCUUCAACUGGUGCCAGGUAAACCUUUCUUAGAAGACUGUUUCUUAACCUAAACGGCCUUGACCCUGUAUACCUGUAUACCUAAAGGAGUGUCUCCACCCACAUUGUUCAGCCCAGACACUAAGGUCCAGCUCUGAGGGCCUUUGGCGGUUCCCUCACUGCGAGAAGUGAAGCUACAGGCAACCAGGCAGAGGGCUUUCUCAGCAGUGGCGCCCGCCCUGUGGAACUCCCUCCCAUCAGUUGUCAAGGAGAUGAGUAAUGAUAUAACCUUUAAAAGACAUCUGAAGGUAGCCCUGUAUAGAGAAGCCUUUUAAUGUGUAAUGUUUUAUUAUGUUUCUAUAUAUGUAGGAAGCUGCCCAAAGUGGCUGGGGCAACCCAGUCAGAUAGGUGGGGUACGAAUCAUAAAAAUAAUAAAAAUUAUUAUUAUUAUUAUUAUUAUUAUUAACCAGCAUGCCCCUCCUGAAAAGGCCACCAUCUCCUUGGUGGAUGCAAGCAGGGACAGCAAAACAUUUUAAGGCAGGCAUGAGUUAUGACUAGAAACCCACAGUGAAAUUGAAGUUUUCAAGAACACCAAUGAAAAGGGAGAAAGGCCAAAGAAACACAACAAAACCAGCUCCCAUUCACAGGCUUAUUCAUCCGUUCACUCCCUUCAGACUUUUCUCCCAGACUCUCAGAAUGCCUUACGUGGGGUAUGUUCUCUCUCUCUCUCUCUCUCUCUCUCUCUCUCUCUCUCUCUGGAAGUUCUGACAAGGCUCACAGCUGUCUGUCCACCUGUGGGGAGGGAACUGCAUGAAGUGCCCUCAAGGCCACACAUGGGAGCCAGGCUUGCAUUGUAGAGCACAAACAAUUCAAAAUGGGACUCCUACGAAGGUGAAAAGGAACUUGAGGAAGCAAACAACUGUAAAGCAUGUACCGCUUUAAAAAUCUCCAAAUAUGGAUUAUAACUGGAAUAUAAGUUAUCUUCGCAAAGCAAAUUGGCACCAGCGCACCACUUCACUUGGCACCUCAAAUCUCAGUGGCACCCUGUGCAGUGCCAAAAUCAGGUGCCCCUCCCCACCUUCCAUUGGGUGUCAUAGUUGCAGCACCCCAGAAGCUCCCCACCCAGUGCGACCGCACCAGUCACACACCCCUAGGUCCUCCUUUGGUCAUCAUGACUAAACUCAAGGAUAAGCACAGAAGAGUCUGCACAGAGAUGAAACCCAAAUUCUACAUCAAGUGAAUCCAUUUGAGAUUCUGUACUCAAAAGAAAUUAUGCAAAUCAGGCGCAAAGUAUGAUGAUACCUGCCACCCCCUGGAGCCUUUUGAAGACACUGCCUGCAUGUUUUCAAACGCACCUAUACAGCCAUGAAGGACAGAAGCAUCCUAAACGGUCCUCUCUUAAAUAAACCUCUGCAUGCUGCAGCUCUUUAACAAGAAUAAGGCACUCCAAUUGCUCUUAUUGGGAUGGUUUUCAAGGAGUACAGAACAUUGCUUUGCUGAUAAAACUGAUAUUAUUCACACAUUAUCUCAAAAGCCAGGCGCACUUCUAGAAAAAUAGCUCUGCACGUUAUGGCCAGAGCAAGGUUCAGUCUAAUCAGGGAAGCCAUUUUCAGAGGCAUCCUCUGUGCUCCAGCCAAAAGCCUGCUCACUUUGCAGCCUAUCUACUCUGCAAAUGCAUUAAUUCUUAGUGCUUCUGUAGUACAUUAUUGUGAAUUUCCUGGGCAGCAAGUAAUGUGAUAACUAGAAAUGCAGCCAAAAAUAGGAGAAAAAGUGGGUUCCAUUCUGCUCUUGAAUAACAAGUCCCGGGAGAAUCUGCAUACCCUCCUGAGCUGUCAUUUAUUUAAGGUGUGGGCUUCAAAAUUAUAUUCUCCAAAGAAGCUUCCUCACCAUUUGGGUGGGAGAAAUGGGAGUACACAUGCUUUUUUUCCUUCCAGAGAUGGGAAAGUGGUAUAGGGGAAACAAUAGGCAGCAGGGGGGGGAAACAACAGAGGGAGAAAUCUUGCCACUCUUACUCAUUUUUGUUUCGCUCGGUGUCCUAGUUCCUCUCUCAGCCUGAGUGAUAGAACACCUGCAGUUGUGGGAGAUGGGAGAAGGAAGUGCAUCCAGGAAACUGGUAGAUUAGAUGGAAAGGGAUAGAAAAAGGCAGAAUGGCUGGAUGACAAAUGGGGUUUUGGGAGUGGCGAACAGCCACCCCAGAGCAAUGCUAUGCCUGAGGUGACAGAAGCAGCCUCAACUUAAUUGCAUUUUAUUGUUUUAUGUAAGCUGCCUUGGAGAUCGAAAGGAGGGGCAGAAGCUAAGUAAAUAAGCAGUUAAGCAGUCAAGGCUAAGCAUGGGCUUUGAUUUGGCUACGCAGGUUCAGUGCAUCUCUUUCUAUAUACAGUGGUACCUCAGGUUAAGUACUUAAUUCGUUCCGGAGGUCUGUUCUUAACCUGAAACUGUUCUUAACCUGAAGCACCACUUUAGCUAAUGGGGCCUCCCGCUGCCGCCAUGCAAUUUCUGUUCUCAUCCUGAAGCAAAGUUCUUAACCCAAGGUAAUAUUUCUGGGUUAGCGGAGUCUGUAACCUGAAGCGUAUGUAACCUGAAGCAUAUGUAACCCGAGGUACCACUGGAUACACUUGCUUUUUCAAGAUGUUCCAUCUUACACACUGCAAAGACAGGAUGGGGUAUGUACAAGCCACUGGAAACCUUGUGGAUAGGACUUUCAUGGUACAUCUGUUAUUAGUCAUCUGCCCACUCCUUAUGAUGUAUUUGGAACUCCUAAACAACCUUGGAAGCUGGGUUAAAGAACAUUCUUUUAUGGCAUCUCAGGGUUCCCUAAAUGCAGUUCCUGAACUAUCUCGGAUCGUUCUCGGAUCACAGGACAUAUUCUAUUCUGGCCCCAUUCCUAGAAGUUAUUUCUUGAAGCAUGUCCACUGGAUAUUCUGAGCUCAUUUGUAUUUGACUCCCAUUGUAAGUUGGUCCCCAAUGUGCACCUCUUGAUGUGAAUCAAGAGAACAAGAGGCAGCGUCCUUGCCACAAGCCUUCCAGGGGAAACAUCCAUACAAUAGAGAGCCAAUGUGGUGUAGUGGUUAAGAGCGGUAGUCUCGUAAUCUGGGGAACCGGGUUCGCGUCUCCGCUCCUCCACAUGCAGCUGCUGGGUGAUCUUGGGCUAGUCACACUUCUCUGAAGUCUUUCAGCCCCACUCACCUCACAGAGUGUUUGUUGUGGGGGAGGAAGGGAAAGGAGAAUGUUAGCCGCUUUGAGACUCCUGAAGGGGAGUGAAAGGCGGGAUAUCAAAUCCAAACUCUUCUUCUUCUUUAACAUUGUCUUCACAAUUAUCAGAUUUUCUGCCUGGCUGCUGGUUUUUAAGCACUCUCUCUCUCUCUCUCUGUUUUCACUCAAUUCCUUGGCUGUCGCACCAGCCCACCACAUGUUCUAGUUCCCCCACCUUUAAAGGUGCCAGAUUGUUCUAUUCGAAGCCUCUCAAAUCCACCUCGCCCACUGCCAUCCCUUGCUUUUCCAAAUGGCACUUCCGUACACUAAAAACGGGAGUAUGAAUACAACAGACGGCCACUGUAAAUAAGCUCGAGGGCCAUAUGAAAUGGUUGAAUGUAUAUCCUUCAGCAGAGCGUUCCCAGGCGACAACAGUGAAUUAGUUACUUAAAGGUUUAGGGGCCAACCAUGAAUGGUGGUGAAAUAAACUGGGGUUUUAUUAAUCAUGCAUUAUUAAACAUGGAGGGAAAAGAGUGCAGGCUGAUUAAGCAUCCUGUACAGCAGUCUUCUUCAUCAAUCUGGUGCCUUCCAGAUAUUUUGACUACAACUCCCAUCAUCCCCAGCUGGUACAUGCUGAUGAGUAUUUAGUCCGGAACAUGUGGAACAGCAGCAGGUUGAUGAAAGCUGCUAUACAUCAUUGCCUCAGCAGAAGCACCAAGAAAGCAAGAGGUGCUUCAAACACCUUUGUAGAUGGAGAGGCAAGGCCUAGUUGUCAGCUGUGGUUAUAAGGAACAUUCGGGGUAGUGUAGCAAAGCAGCAAGCCCUGUGUCCCCACUGAUUACCUGCAAAUCUGAUAGGCAUCGCCUCUACUCCCUCAUCCAAGCCAUUUAUAAAAAUGUUGCAGAGUAUGGGGCUAGAACAGAGCUCUGGGGCACUCCACUUGAGAUCUCCCUUGCAGGUUGAUGCUGAGCCAUGAACAAACACAUAUUGUGUACAGUUGUUCAGGCAGCUGUGGUUCCACCCAAUGGCAGUAUCAUCCUGCCCACAUUUUACCAUAUUGUUAACAAGGAUAUCACAGGAGGCUUCUGUCAACUGCUUUGCUGAAAUCAUAAUAUAUCCAUGGGAUUUCCACAAUCCACUUGGUUAUCAAAUAGUAGUUACCAUAUUUUUUGCUCUAUAAGACUCACUUUUCCCCUCCUAAAAAGUAAGGGGAAAUGUGAGUGCGUCUUAUGGAGCGAAUGCAGGCUUCGCAGCUAUCCCAGAAGCCAGAAGAGCAAGAGGGAUUGCUGCUUUCACUGCGCAGCGAUCCCUCUUGCUGUUCUGACUUCUCAGAUUCAGAAUUUUUUUUUCCCUGUUUUCCUCCUCCAAAAACUAGGUGCGUCUUGUGGUCUGGUGCAUCUUAUAGAGCGAAAAAUACGGUAUAUAAAAAAGAAGAAAGUGAGAUUGGUUUGGUAUGAUUUAUUCUUGAUGACCCCUGCUGACUCCUAGUAAUCACUGUACAUGCUAAUUUUAAUAGCGUGUACUAGAAUUUUGCCAGGCAUCAUUGUGAAACUGGCAUGGUCUGUAGUUUUCGAGACCCGCUCUUUACCCCACCUUUUGAAGACAGGGACGACAUUUGCCCAUCUCCACUCUUCUGGCUCCUCAUGCAUUCUCCGUGGAUUCUUAACUAUUUAAAAGUUUCAAACUGUGAUCAGCAUCUCUGCUCCUUCAAUACCACAAGAUGUAAUUCAUGGGUAGGCAAACUAAGGCCCGGGGGCCGCAUCCGGCCCAAUUGCCUUCUAAAUCCAGCCCACAGACAGUCCAGGAAUCAGCAUGUUUUUACAUGAGUAGAAUGUGUACAGUACUUUUAUUUAAAAUGCAUCUCUGGGUUAUUUGUGGGGCAUAGGAAUUCGUUCUCUCUCCCCCCUUUCCCCCAAAAUAUAGUCCGGCCCCCCACAAGGUCUGAGGGACAGUGGACCAGCCCCCCUGCUAAAAAGUUUGCUGACCCCUGAUUGUAAUUCAUAAGAGUCUCGAGAAUUGAACUUGUUUGAUAACAUAAGGGCAUCUGAAGAGCCUGCUGGAUCAGGCCAAUGGGUCAUCUAACCCAGCAUCCUGUUUUCACUGCGGCCAACCAGAUGCCUGUGGGGAACCCGCAAGCAGGAUUUGAGCACAAUCUAAUUUAGCUAGGUGUUUUCUAUCUCCUUACCUAUUCUGGGCUGCAAGUCCUUAAGUUCUACUUUUCCCAGGUACUUAACAGUUCUGCCUUCUCUCUGCCUUUUGGUUUAUAAAUCUCCUGCAAGAUGGUUUUCUCUGGAUGCUCCUUUGCUCAGGUUUGUGUAGCCCUCUUUAGCUUUUCCACUUAACUGGGAACCAAGCCCCCUCACAUUACCAGUUAGGGAGAGCCAUAGUUCAGUGUAAGACUUAUUUUACAAAGAGGCAUCUACCCACAGACAGACACAUAAAUAGGGCAGUGCAUAAAUGAGCUGGAAAUUUAAACAACAAAGAACCAACCAUUAAAACAAACAGAACUGAGAUGUCAGCCUGGUCAAACUCCCUUCCUUCCACUCUCUUUUAACGGAGAAUCAGGGUAGACCCAUUGCCAUUUGACAGAUUAAAGGGAGAGAGAAGGAAGCAGGGUUGUUUUAUUUCCUUCUCCUCUCCCAGCUUUUAGCAAAGCAUAAAGUAUGUUUUAAAAAAUCAACAGAAUUUUGUGUAACAAGCAAACAUCAGUGAAUAAAGACCUCUGCAAUGGAUGAAAUCCUUUAAGCGAUCUAACUUGGGCUGUAGUGGUAUGAAAAGAAUCGCAAAACUAGAAGAUGCAUCAAACAGGACAUCCACUACUAAAGUAUCCUGAGCAUCCAGCGUCUGCUUAAAAAUCUCCAACAAUGGCGAGUCCAUCACAUUCUAAGGCAGCCUCUGUUCCACUGCUGACCAGCCCUGCCAUUAGAAAGUUCUUCACUCACUGGUGCUUUGGGUAGCCAGCUUGUGAAUAAUUCCUAUCCCUUGCCUACCGUCUUACAAAGCAAGCGCCCUACAUGGGAUGAUGGAUAGCCAGCCUUGUUCUCAUGCUUAAAAAUAGUCUUAACACCCAGACUGUGAUAAAAUGCCACCUGCCUCUCAAAGUAGGACGAAGAGGUGGAGCAAACCAUCAAGUCUGAUAAACUUCUCCUUUGCAAUGAUAGCACACAAGGUCAGAUCUCCCUACUCCACUCAUUCCCCAAAUGCUAUUCUCACCCAAGUUUUAUAUUUUCCAGAACUUAUUGUAGCCAGCACAGUACAAAUGGAACCCAUCACAAGACUGACUUAAAAUGCAGCAAACCACUUCUGCAUCAAAUCACAUUUGCACAUCGUUGUUCACAUCAGGACAGCUAGACAUAUUUCCAAGUCGCCCACUAUCUGUCCACUCCAGUGGGUGGAGAGGGAGCAUUGGGUGUCUUCAUAUGGCUUAAGUUUUCAGUUGCUGGUUUGGGAGGAAACACAUCAAAAUGCACUAGUCGUACCUUGGUUCUUGAACAGAAUGCAUUCUGGGAGUCCGUUCAACUCCCGGAACCAUUCAAAAACCAAGGUGUGGCUUCCAAUUGGCUGCAGGAGCGCUGGACACUCGGCUUCCAAAAAUCGUUCGAAAACUGGAACACUCACUUCCAGGUUUCGAUUGUUCGGGAGCCGAUUUGUUCAGGAGUCAAGGCGUUUGAGACCCAAGGCACGGUUGUAUUUCUCAAGAAACUCCAGGAUAGAUGUGGCUUGUGGCUAACAUUGUUUUAUUUUAAUUUACUUUUUUAUUAAAAGAUUUUCAUGAAUAACAAAGGUACAUAUAAUGUUUCAACUCACAGAGUCCUUCCUAUAUGGCAGUUACAUUUGGUGUGAGACAUUGUUGUCAUAGACAUUGUGAGGUGGGGAGGAGAGAGAAGGAGGGAGAAUAAUAUUCCGUUCUUUUGCAUAGCGUAUGUGCAGAGUUUUUGUGUCAGCGCCAUGUGGACAGAUCAUUUAUUUAUUCAUUCAUUGUUGCAAAGCGAGAGAUUGGAGAGCCCAGAGCAUGGUUGGCUGCAUUCGGUUGCUUGCAGUGAGUUUUGUCUCUGUGUGUGAUGAGGGGGUGUUAUUGGGUCAAAUUAGCCAUAUUGAUUCAUAUGCUGUCAGGGGAGGGGUUAGGUCAUAUCUUGAGCUAUAUAUGUAAUAAAGGGAAGUUGUGACUAACAUUAUGUACAAACAGCAUCAGAUACCAGCAGUGGACAUGCACUGGAUGUAAAGUAAACUGGAGUGUGCUCCUUCGGGAGGAAGGGUGGGAUAUAAAUUUAAGAAAUAAAUAAAUACAGUCAUACACUAGAGGCAGGAGCAGUGGUGACCUGGAGGGCUACUUUUGCCGAGUGAGGCUGCAGGCUUCUGCAAGACCUUGCAUACUUUGACACAAGCCUAGUGAAUCUGGAGAAGCUUGAAAUGAUGGAUGCUGUAAUUGCUAUAUCAAAUCGCAAACUGGAGCCAAGCUUAAACUAUCCCAAACUAGUUUUGUUUUUGUUUUGUGUUGAGCCAAAUGAUACCCAACAAAUUAAGGUACUGUACUGCUUCAGAUUUGCUCAGCAUUCUUCCACAUGGCUCUGUGUCAGCCACAAUUCUUCCAGCCUGCUACAUGAUCCAUGGAGGGGAGUAAGGAUCAACACGGUUGCCAUGUUGUUUGGGGCAAUCCAAUACGUGGGAAGGACAUUUUUAAACCAAGGGCUCUGAUGAUCACCAGUUUUAAACUGCAAUAUCAUUUCUCAUUUCAUUUCUAAUUUUCACACUGCAUCUGCCUUGCCUUGUCUGUUCAUACAUCUUUCCCCCUUGUUUUCAUACAAGUGGGUGUGUUCUGCACCAUUUCUCCCCAUCUCUCAAUUUAUUCAUCUGUAACAAGGUACAUUUUAUCCCGUUUGCUCUCUCUCAGAAGAUUUGCUCUGGAGUGAAUCAUUUCCAUACUGCAUGGCCACACAGCACUCUGCAGAGAUUUGGUCAACAUGAACGAGACUCUGCAAGCAGCCAUUCCUGCUGCUGUUUUCAACGGUCAGAGGUUCCUCUGGGUUCUCUACCUCUUACCAUAUUCUGUGUCCCAAAUAACAGGAAGAAAAGUCUACCAGUGCAAGUGAACCACUGGAAUGUACCACCCCCUUUCUUCUCUCUCUCCCCCUCCCCAAUUAUUCCUACAAAUAUGGCCUGCAGGUAUGAACUGCCACCAUUACAAUGUGCUGGACCGCUUUUGUACCUCAUGUAACCCUGAGACGAUGGGUCACCCAACAAUUCUGCCUGAUAACUGUGAAUCCCCAUUUAGACCAUGCUCAAAUAUUAAUGCAUGCAAAAAUGUCUCUCUCGGGUACAGCUGCAAGUGUUCAACGUAUUUCCUCCCCCACCUUCUUAAAGCUCUCCCUAGCAGCUUUCAGAAUUCACGGCUUCUGCAUAAGGUUGUGAGCUAGUUAAUAAGUCUGUGAAAAGCAAAUAGAGUCUCAAACUGAAACUAGGCAGGUCAGCUGCAUGAGUCGAUAACUGUAAGAAAACCCAGGCUGUGCUGAAUGUCAUACCUCCAGCAGCCCUGACUCCUCCGCUCUGACACCAUUUUGGGCCCUUCUUCCCGUGGCAUCACCAGCAUGGGAGGCCAAUGGAGGGCAUUGCUUUCUGGCACCUGCUAGAAUGGUAAUGAGAGGCACCUGCACCACCCUCCCAGAAACUGGGGGUGGGGGAGAGGGAAGGAAGUGUGAAAGGGUGGAACCGACCAUGAACCCCCUCCCAUGUGGCCCCCCAGGCUUGCAGCACAGUGUAGCAUCUGCAGUGCUGAGAAGGGGCCCCAGCACCUCAGAAGAAGCUCAACGUGGUUUGCGACCCGAAACAAAUGAAUUAUGUUAGGGAAGCAGCUCACAGAAAUGUGUGUAUUAGCCAAAUGCUUGGGGCUAGAAUUACACAAAAUGCUGGACUUUCAUGAGGAUUUUUAGUUUUUAAAAAAAUGCAAAUUGCUGUAGAAAUAUGGAGAUCUGAAUUUAAGACUGGUGAAGUAAGAAAAAAGAAGUGCUGGAAUUGACAAAUCUUACAGCUGCACCCCAUUCCUAUACUUCUGACAGCAGUAUAACCUUGAGUACAUGGGCUUAAACAGUUUUUGUUUUUUUUUGCAAGUGUCUUUUAAUUGGUCUAAAUUUGGGGGUGGGGGCAGGGAAAAGAGAAGAUGGCCUAAUUCUGGGGGGGGGGGACCUACUGUAACAGGGAGAGAUUAUCUUUGUGCCGCAUUUUUUGAAGGUUUCACGUGACACCUGGAGUGAUGCUAGUAUCCCAGACUGCGUCUGCAAUCCUGACCACACUCACUCAAGAGUAAUUCCCACUGGAUUUAGUGGGGCACCUCCAAGUAACUGCAUGCAGGAUUAGGCUGCAAGGCACCCGGAGGAGAUGAUCAUUUUAAGAGAACCAACCUUUGCACAUAGCUGUUGUGAGUUCCAUAGUUCUUGGAAUAUGUCCAAGUGAGUACCUGGCUGGUUCCGCAGUGCUUUGAAAGAAAGAGGUGAGGUGAGGGCAGGCUCUGUUAAUUAGUUACGUAUACUGAGGCCUUGCCUCCAUUUCUCCCUUCCCAGAAAGAAAGCCUGCUCUGAUUUCAACUAACUUCCUUCUCAAGAAGUUGGAAUAAAACCGAACCAUCUCAUUAGGAUUAGAUGUACCUCAUGGGAAGGAAGAGCAGCAAACCAGGGGUACCUGUUCAUCACCCCUCUUAUGCUCAGCUCGGCUAUAAAUGGUAUCAGAGCAACGAUUACUCUCUUUCGACUGGCUCAGAUGGAGAGCGGCAGCCACCCAAAGUGGCAGAUUUGGGCCACCCUUAAAUUACCGGCUUUUUUAAAACAGAACUGUAAAGGAGGGCACCGUUUGGAUUUUCCGCCUCAGUUGCCAAGAUGUCACUGGCAGGCUUGCUCUUAUUCCCCAUAUUAGGCUUUAUGAAUCAGGGUGAGGUAAUCACUGCUGCAUGCAAUUCACAUCAGCCAAUUACUGCUUCUCCCGAAGCCUACAAAUCUAAUUUAGCUAGAAUUAUGUAAGAAAAACAAAACAAAACAAAAAAGAUGAUGCUUAGGGCAGCUCCUAAAAAAGACAGCCCAUCUUACACCCCAUUCCCAAAUAUUCUUAGCAACUUAUUUGCUGGCGUAGCAUCACUGUAAUGCCAUCAGCAGCUUCAUUUGCAAACUUGGACUUGCUCCCACGUCGGCAAGAUUGCAAAGGCAGGCACCUCUUCAGGCUGCUGCUGAAGGCGAGGGGAACGCAACAGGCUCCUCCUCAUGUGUGGCUUUCUAUAGCUGUGUGAGGAACAAUAAGUGGCCUGAUCAAGUUAAUCUCUGCUGGAAACAUCAGUCACCCAGUUAAGCUGACCUGAUGCCCCUCUGUGCCCUUCCAUUCCACUGCAACAGACUUCAGCUGAUACAAAAAUCAGUUCAGUUAUGCUUGGCCAUAUAACAGAGCACACUGGUACUUGGAAAUUGAAGUGAUGAGUAGGGAGGGGUGGAUUAGUCAAUUUUGCUUCCUCUCAGUUUCUCAUUUUUUCAGAUCUUAACUUCAGUUCUCCAUUAUUCCAAAUCAGUUUGUGGGGGGAAAUGGUUUCAAUGAAAAAUUACGAAAAUUCACCUGUAUUUUAAUGUGAGUUUCUCCUGAUACACAUUUUUAAUGCUAUCUUGUUAAUAUAAACAUUUUUACAAAGCAGUUUCCCCAAUAUAAUACAGUUGUGUUAUUUUCACCAGUACAUUCAUUUUUGCGCACAGUUCGCUCCAGUGUAUGCAUUUUUGUUAACACACUGUUUAGCUGGAGAACUGCAUUGCAAAAUUCGGUUCAUGUGCGGUUUCAGAAAGUGCAAAUUAGGUAGGUUCGCCUUGAAAUUGAAUUUCUCCCCCUAUCACAAGGUGCCUUCUCUGGAUCCUCUACAAGAAUUGACCCCUUGCCAGAUUACAGGUGGAAAGUCUUUGGGAAGAGGUUACAAGUGACUCAAAAGGUGUUUUUAUUCCAUUUAGUAGUGACAUUUUUACCGGGCUAGUUUCAGGAGCAAUGGCUAAAGUCCAAGAAGUUUAUUUAGCAUCCCUCCACCUGUGCCCUGUGCAUUAAGUAGCAGACCCCGCCACCUCUUAUACUGCUUUUGAAAAUCUUCUCAGCUGAGUCUUUUCUAUUUGGAAAAAAUGGAAGCUUUGACACAAUCCUCUCCUACAACACCAUGUUCAACUUUUUGCACACCACAGAACUAGUUGGGAGCUCCAAGAUUCUAGAGACUCUUCUGCACUGCAGGGCAGAAGGAGAUAGGCACAAGAACAGCCAGUUUGCAGAAUAAAGUCUCUCUUCCCACCAUCACCAGUGGCAGAAUCACUGCCUUCUUGCCACCCCUCACUUGCUGUUUUAUGGAACCAAUGAGAUAACCUCCAACUUCUGGAAUGAACAACCAUUUGCUAGACUGACAGGUCAGGCCCAGAACAACUUGAUCCACAAAGGCAUCACACAGGAGAGGCUUAUUCACAGGAGGACCAGAACACCGCUGGAUGCCAGGCUGCACAUAGAGAGCCUGGUGAAGAAGGGGCAUCCAAACACAUCCUUGUUCAUACUAAGAUGCAUGUGUUGUGCUCACAAAACUCCACCUUCCUGAACUCCUUCACCAUAAGGGAUUUCUUCUCAGUGGUUCCUAAGCAAUGCCAUGUCAGCACAGGCCAUCACAGGCUUUAUCUGAUCAUAGCCUUUCAGAGUUGUACCUCGGCAAGUUCUUAGGCUAUUUGACCUUCUAGUUACUAUGGAGAAGUCCAGCCCAGCUGACUAAAACCCAAGUGAAGGUGCGAGAGAUUAGCAAAGCACAAGCUCCCUCAUGGAAAGGUGGCUGAAUCUUCAGCAUGGUUCAAGUCAAGAAUGGGUUGGUAACCUUUGGCCUGGAAUAGUAAACAAUACUUUGAAUCCAACAUGUUUGCUGUUAUUCAUUAUGCCUCUACAAUCAAAAGUGAAUUGUUACUGGAAGAAAAUGCUGAAUCUUUGUAUGCUGGAAAAUAUUCUAGGUCUGUUAUCCACCCUGCAGAAAAGGAUGAUCAUGUGCACACUAGCCUCUGUUAAUACUAUAAGGCAGCACAAAUUCAGUGACUCUGGGUAUGGAUCCCUCAAGAGACAUCAGGUGCAUGCUUUGGGCUGGAAAAUUAAUCAAUAUGAAUUCCUUUCGAGAUUCUACAAGAGAGAAAGGUCACUUGGGCAGAAGCAACUCAUUCUACCUCAGCUUUUAAAACCGAUUUUAGGGGAUCAGGGGAGAAACAAGCUAAGACUGCAGACACUGCCACUGGCCAUUGUCAUGAGAGAGAAUACAUUUAAUUAAGACCCUUUAGGGCAUUUGAUGACACAUAUUCGGUUAUCUCUCACAAAGAAUUUAAGGAGGGGGGAGAGUUCAGGAAACUAGAGCAAUUUCUCAAUUAUAAGGUAACUGCAAUAUGAAAUUGAGAAAAUUGUAUGACUGAUGGAUCCAACACAUCAAUCAAAAAGGACAUCAGCAAAGAACCAUGCAUCAGGCAAUUCCUGUUGUACGUUGCUUAACCACUAUAUAUAUAUCCGGUGUACAAAACAGUAAUCUUACUCCUAUAUUACUUCUGAAAAGCUAAACAAAAUCCUUUACUGAACUGUCACUUUUAGUUUCUGGAAAUGACAUACCAACAGUGCAGAUUUCUAACUUUCUUGUUGGACUUGCCCUUUUCUUCAAGUCUCUUCAACCCAAGUGGUGGGAAUAAUGGGGAAAGUGUUAACAUUUGAAGUAUCAAGUCAUUUUGAACUCUCUUGAUUUCAAGGGGCAACUAAAUUGUUCAUACAAAAGCUUUUGGUUGCUGUGAAAAGUGCAUGGGCUCAUCUUUGGAAAGCUGCAUUCAUGCCAAUUAAAGAUCUGGACAUGUUGACUGAUUACGGAAAUGUUUCUGUGGAACUGGAUGAAACCAUUCCCCUUUUAUUGAAAUAUUCAUUGUAAUAUAUGGUUGAAAAGUUAUAGGGGAAGAUUUAAUCUGAGAAAUUUAAAGCAAACUCACUGUGUGCAGGACUGAAGCCUCUUAGCCUGUUUCACCACCACUUUACAACCUUAAACCUUCCAUUUUACCAGAAUAUAAAGGUUUAACCACUUAAAAUCGAAUGCUACAGUCUGAGCCAAUGCGCUUUUAGUCAGAGUUAAAUUCAACUGGGCCUACUCCCAGGCAAGUGUACAUAUGAUUGCAGACUUAGGCUGCAGUCCUAUGCCCGCUUACCUGUGAGUAAGCCCAAUAGACCUCCAUGGGGCUUACUUCUGAGUUGUUAUGUAUGGGCUUGUAACGUUUGCCUCUUUGCUCAACGAAUCUGACAUCAGAAGAGUGCCAAGGACUUGAAUGGAGGUUAUUUUAUUUAGCUUUAUAGAAACUGACUUUCAACUACCUGGAUCUCUCAAUGAUUACCUGAGGCAUGGAAUGUGAACUGCACAUGCAGCAGGAGGAAAUCAGCCCUUAUUUUUCUGGAGUCCCUUGCCCUGUGGUGGAUGGCAGAGGACACCCAGUUGCACUUGAAGCCGCAUGAUUUUGUGACCGCCGAUACUGUGAAAUGAGGCCACAUAUUCUACAAGAACGAAAAUAUUAAAGAAAUCUAUCUUAUGGCUUGGAAAUCAGCACCAGUGAUAUCAGUGGAUUUUGUCAGUGAGCCAGUGACGUCUCUAAAAGCCUCCUGUGAAGUUGUUCAGCACUGCCAGCCUGUCUAUAUCAAGAUUGGUGACAAAAACCUUCCACUGCCUGGAUCAAGCUUUGUUUCCUGGAAGACGCUAAUUCUGCCUUCCCGGGAGCGCCUUGGAGCAAAGAAGCUUCUUCAAUGUGGGAAAGCAAGCCAGUCAAAAAUGGCUAAUAAGAUUAUGGCAAAAUGAGGAGACACUGCAUUGUUGCCCUGCUGAUUAACACACUUGAAUGUGUAAGUGGUACAUUAUUAACCUCCCGAUGCCAGCUCAGUCACUUUUUAAACCAUGUAUCUAACUGGUAUAUAAAUAGACUGUGUCCACAGAAGAAGAAAUUCCAACUGACACCAAUAUUUCCCACACCUGGUACACUUCCUGAAAUGAGGAGGGCAAAGUCCCAUCCUGUACUUGUGUCUAGAACUUUAUUUAUUUAUUCUACCUGGCCAGCCAAUCAAAGCUAACAUAAUGCAUGCAUAACUGAGGCACUGUUAGUAGGUGGUUCCCUAGACCAGAUAGCUAGGAGGUUGCCUGCUCUUGAUGGGGUUACACUCCCUCUGCAGGAGCGGGUACGCAGCUUGGGGGGUCGUUUCUGGUCCAUUGCUGUCACUUGAGGCACAGGUGGCCUCUGUGGCAAAGGCCUUCCAUCAGCUUUGGCUGGUGGCCCAGCUGCAUCCCUAUGUGGACAUGGAUAGCUAACUUCUGUUGUCUAGGCUCUGUUAACCUCUAAGUUAGAUUACUGCAGUGUGUUACCCUUUUGGGAGGGGUAUUGUUUUUGUUUGUCACUGCGCUAUGUAUUUUUGUGUUUUUACAUUGUAAACCACUUUGUUAUCCUUUGAUGAAGGGCAAUAUAGAAAUGUAUUAAAUAAAUAAAUUAAUGUAAACAUAACUUAAAAAAAGUGCCACCAGACCCAACUAUUUCAGACCUGAAGCGCCUCUGGACCAAUUAUUUUUCAAUUUUUGGAAAGGAGGGUACCAUGGCUACAACAAAAGACAUGCCCUACUCCUGGAAGGCCCAAAGACAGAGCAGUUUACUCCACCAUUAGCAGGCAGCCUUAAAUCGCUUGACUAUGUCAACUGCCAGAAGAUGAACAUCACAGAACACAAAAACCAGGUUUUCUCUUGCAAAAUUCUUCAUGUCCUGUCCAAUGAUUUGCUUGUUUUUGGAGGGCUUCUCUCAAAAGAUCUGAUGUGCAAGCAGAUAGACUUACUGAGGCAGUAUGUCAGGAGGAGAGGAGAAUCCUACACUUGAGACCAUCUUGCCAAGAAGGGCCCUCUCAUCCUUUCCUGUCUACUCAGCCCAGGUGCUGGCCCUUCCCUGAGAACCACACCCCCCUCCCAUGCCACCUCUCUGGGCCUCUGCUCUCAGAGUGUCCUCCAUCCAAGGGCAGGGCUCCUUCCUUUUUCGGUGGACCAUUUCCCAACCCAAUCAGGCGACAGCCAUGCCAGUGGCAUACAGUCUCCUGCCACAGUAAGUCUCAAUCCCAUCCAGCCGCAAGCACCAACUAGAGAGGGGAUGGAGACAGACCCCAGCCAGCACACUUAGGCGAGAAGAGAGAAUCAUGCAUCCCUAAGCCCAGUUAAGCACCACCUGCCCAAAACGGCAAAAGGUGUGUCAGCUUCGGUGAUGUGAAAUCCACAACGCUCACGUCGCUGGGCCCCGCUGGCCUGAUCCGCUUCCAUGCUUUGCAGCAAAAUCGAUCCAGACAAUCCCCCGGAGGGUGUGGCGACCCGCCUCUGGUGCCCGGCCCAAGAGGAGGUUGCAGGCAUGUCUCUCUCCCUGUCACCCAAGCAAACGAUCCUCGUGGAGAGGGCGUGGGGGGUGCUCAAUGGCACAGCAUGAAAUCGGGAGGUCAAGCGCUGUCUGGCGCACGCAGGGCGGGAGGACGCGCGCAAACGGAGCAGCAGCAGCAGGGACCAGCCCGGUCGCCAGGGAGGCUUCCCCGCUCAGGUGCCACCGCAGGCGCCUUCCUCCCGCAAAAGGCCUCCCGCCCGCAAAUCGCCUGCCCGAGAGGAGCUGUCCAUCCCGCUUGCGCGAAGGCCGAGCCUGCCCGGGAAAGCGGGCAGCCGACGUCUUGCCUUCCUGCCCAAGGCGCCCCCUUCCCCGCCCUGCCGGGCUGCGGAGGCCGAGCCUCGCGGGAGGCGUUGGCGUCGCUUUGGCCACGCGGAAGCCAAGAGCCCGGCGGUAGCCUAGCCCACCCCCACCCCGGCCCCGGCGCAAAAGGGCAUCUCUGGCGGGGAUCCCCGUCCCAAGCAGCCCUCGCCGCGGCUUCGCCCUGACCUAGUUCCCCGGCGGGAGCGCGGCCAAGCAGCACCUACCUCUUCACAGGCGCCAGAGGCGGGGCAGGCAGCCGCCUCCUUCUCCGCGGCUGCUGCUGCUGCUGCUGCCGCCGCCGCCGGGCUUCGUCAGCGCCAGGGCUCCCAUCCUCCCCGCGGGACGGGCACCGGCGCGGGAUGCGUGCCUCGCCUUCGUCUGGCUGCUGCUGCUGCUGCUGCUACCACCGGUGCCGCAGGAGGAGCUGGAGCAGGCGCGGGGCGGGCCGGGCGCUGGGGCUGCUCGGUGGCUCCCCGCAGCCGCGCGCCACAGCACACCACGCUCGGGAGCCUCGGGCGCAGGAGGGGCUGGCGCGCCGCAGAGGCUCCGCGCGCCCCGAUUGGCCGGCCGACGCCCGGAUUGGCGCGCGCCCUCGCCAAUGGCGGAGCGCGCCGGCGCCGUGCGCGCAGGAGACUCGCGCGCCCAGGCAGCGGGGCUGCCACGUGGGGGCCCGGCGAGGCUGGACGGGGCCGGCUCGCUCAAAGGCCCCCGAGCGCGGCACGCUUCUCCCAGCCGCCAAGGCCCCCCCCCAGCGGCUCCCUGGGCCUCCCCCUUGGCCCUGGGCUGGCAGCCAGAGGGCACCUCGCCCGGGUCAUAGGCGCCAAGCAACCCCUGCGCGACAGGGUGGAAAGGCUCGGUGGGCCUCCCUGGCUUCCCCGGGGAGGGAUCGGGGGCACAGUUUCCUGGGAUCCUGGCUUCCCUGGGGCAGCUGACCGCAGAGUCCCCAUCGUGGAAGCCUGACCUCAAGGACAAGAUGGGCAGAGCAGCAGCUGCCCCUCAGGGCAAAGGGCCCCUUUGCAGAUUGUCCUUAAUCCCUGUGCCUAACCCAGUUUUAUAGCCAGGUGGCUUACUGGCGAGGUAUGACUUCUUGGGGAUCCUCUUUAACCUACAACCAGUAAGCCCAUUCUGGCACAAUGCCCUCAAUGCCCUGUGCAAUGGUUGCCCUAUUUCCCCCUAACAACAGUCCUGUAAGAUAGGUUGGACUGAGAAUAGUACUGGCCAAGGGGCAUAAGAUGCAACAAGAGAGAUUUCCCAAUUUUGGGGGUUGUUUCAGGGGAAUUUGUUUUCAGUCUGCUGGAUCCAUAUCUUCCUGGUUCUUGGGGUACACUUCUUGUUAUUGUUUAUUAAUUUUGCCCUUCAUCCAAAAUUCACAACAUAUAAAAACAAAGUGAGAACACAAAAUCCAUAAUAAAAAACGAACAAGAAGCUUUUGCUUUGACUCUAAAACUAAAGGUGGAAGUCAAGGUGGGAUGCUCUGCCACUGAGCCAUGGAGUCUGUCUAAAAAUGAUGUCUUAAAAACUCAUCUAGUGCUGCCAAUUACCAGCAUAAACUUGCUCUUGCAACCCUACCCUUCAACCACUUUGAUGAAAUUUUAAUGACAAGCUAAUGUUAGGCUUAUUAACGCUUAUCCCAAAGGAUUUAGAAGCCUCAGUUGAAAACGAGCAGCCAACUGAAACCUAGUUGAGGCAACAGUGCAAAAUCAGGUUCAUGGAGCGUUAAAUGAUGCAUGUCUUGCUGUAUAAACCAGCAGCUUAUGCCUCUGGGUUGCUGAGAAAAUGGAAAUUUAAAAAUCCAAGAUGGCUGCCACAAUCACUGUGCCUUAAUUAUAAAUGAAACAUAGGCACCAUAUUGUAACUGGAACAACAAUGAAAUGUUUAGGAGUACGGAAAUAAUGUCUGAUAUUACUUUGGAAUAACUCUUUACAGCUGCCAGUUGUUUAUGUAUUGACAUGUUAAGUAUUUCAAUGGAAGAUGGGCCAAGCAAACUUCUCGUAAAGGUAAAAGUAAAGGGGACCCCUGACCAUUAGGUCCAGUCGUGGCCGACUCUGGGGUUGCAGCACUCAUCUCGCUUUAUUGGCCAAGGGAGCCGGCGUACAGCUUCCAGGUCAUGUGGCCAGCAUGAGGCCAAUUCUGGUGGGUGCACUGCGGUUGCUUCAGAGCACCCAGUCCGGGAAGGAUUAUGCCCAACAUGCAAAAAUGCCAGAAAAACAACAGACGUGCCUGUAGCAUUCCUGCAAAUUGUACCACAGCCCACCCAUCAGGGACUGCAAUGGCAACAAUGCCCACAUGGGAAGGCAGCCAAGAAACUCACUAAAAUUGGGAAAUCAGCUCCCAAGGCCAUGACACCCAAAUGAGUCCAUUCCAUCAGUAGUCAGCUAGUAAGGAAAAGUUUCCGCCUGCUGGGCAAUCACAAGUGUGGCUGGGCUGGAGGGGCUUCUCUGCAGUUGGACCAUGUUUAAGGAAUGCUCUACUCUCUGAGGGGCAAUUGAUUAUAUUUUCUUUUUGGUGCCCCUGUUUAUGCACACAUUCUCUGAACUGGGUGAAAUGGGCGUUAAAAUUGCAAUUCCGCUUCAGUGUUGGUGGAAAACAAUGCAUUUUGGGAGCACAACCCCCUAAGUUCACAGAAACACUGGUGGGAUCUGAUGGCAGGACAUUCACAGCAGACAAAAAGAAGCACGAUUUAAGCUAUGGAAUUUUGCUACCACAAGACAUGGUGAUGUCCAUAAGACUGAACAGCUUUAAAAGGGAGUUAAAAAUUUCAUUGAGGAUAAAGGCCAUGGCUGUAAGCUGCCUCCUGGUUCAGAGGCAGCACAUCCCCAAACACCAGGCUCUGGAUAUCAGCAGAAGAAGGAGGGCUGUGGCACCCCGUCCCCACUGGGGGAUCGGGGUGGGAAAUGGGAUGGUGGACUAGAUCAGCCCCCUUUCAGUCUGAUCCAGCAGCAGUCAGGCUCUUCUUAGGUUAGUUUGGUGUGCAAUGGUGUGCAUCUUCUGUAUGUGACAGCUGCAUAUUUCUGGACUAGAUGAUCCUCAGGGUCCCUUCCAACUCUACAAUUCAAUGAUUCUAUGUGUUUGUUAUAUGAAUAUACAUUUGCAUCAAUUGUUUCCCCCUUUAAAAAUUAUAACAAAGAUGCGAUAACUUGGAGCGUUUGAAAUAAAAUGGGCUGAGAAGGUGGAUAUGAAAUACUCAAGAGAGAAAGCUAAAUUUUGGGGUGGCUGUGAUGCUGCCCAGCCAAGUCCACAUUAUAGGUAUACUAUUGUUUAAGAUCAGGGCAUCACUGUCUUCUUAUUCCUCCAAAGCUGAGGUUUAGAGAUGUUUCGUCCUCAAUCUGGUUGUUGUUCAUUUGUCACAAUGCCUCCUCUUCCAAGUGUGGCAUAUGUAUCUCUGACUAAUCUCAAGUGGUUAUUAGCCUGGCAACCUCUCUGUGUUCUUUUAGCAAUUUGCCAUUCAUCAUUUUAUCAUCUUUACUAUUUUUGUUCUAAACCGAACAGCCUCACAAGCCUCAUUUUUUUGUUGCCCUUUCUCAUCUAGGUGCUGUUUGUCAUGACAAUUUAAGGAUGCAGAGGCAGGGCUGAACUUACCCAUACCCUCAAAUGUAUUGCAAGGGCAAACCCUGGCCCAACAGGGAUUUGUGCCAGGGUCUCCCUGGCACCUUGUACAUGGACCCUGUGCCCACUUCCUUUCCAGUGUGGUGUAGUGGUUAAGAGCGGUAGUCUUGUAAUCUGGUGAACCAGGUUCACAUCUCCGCUCCUCCACAUGCAGCUGCUGGGUGACCUUGGGCUAGUCACACUUCUCUGAAGUCUCUCAGCCUCACUCACCUCCCAGACUGUUUGUUGUGGGGGAGAAAGGGAAAGGAGAUUGUUAGCCGCUUUGAGACUCCUUAGGGUAGUAAUAAAGUGGGAUAUCAAAUCCAAACUCCUCUUCUUCUUCCUCCUGCCCGAUUCCCUUCUCUGGCCUCUUCCUCCAUCCUUCUCAGCCCAGCAGGAACAUUUGCCAGCGCCAUACAUUGUUUCUUGCUCUCCUCCUGCCAGCAUCAGGGCUUCUGCCCUUUUCACUUUGCCCUCUGGAGUUCCGGAGCAGCAAAAAGACGGUGUCAUCCCUCCCCACCUGCCAGUGCACCAGAAGUGCCUCUCCUUACAAAGGGAGGUCCCGAGGGUCACCUGACAGAAAGGUCCGUGGCUAAAAGGGACUGCCGGAAACACAGGACCUGGCACAAUGAUUCCUACCCGGGUUGUGGUCAAUAUGUGGAAUGGAGGGGGUAUUUGCUGAGAAGUAAAGCGCUAAGACAGUUUCCAUGGCAACGCCUUUUCCUUUGUAGAGCAGCAGAUAGGAACCCUGCACUCCUUGUCAGUGUGUUUGUUUAUCAACAUGCUGUUCAUCCACUCAUGUGAAAGCUGAUUUUUUUUGGCUACAAGAAUAACAGUGGAGGGACCGGGAGGCAUGCAAUGCGGGUGGAAGAUGCAGGCGCAAAGGUUUUCCUUCAUUGCGUUUUCACAGGGGAGACUAGCAUGCGCCUGCCUGCGUGUCCAUCCAGGCACCUUUGUGCAGCUGAGGUCUUUGGAGCCCAUCGGCCACAUUCCGAUGCUGGGGAGCAUUUGAAACUCAAGCACAACCCACCUUCUGUACUUGGUGUCGGCCGCAUUUCCACUGCUGCAGGGGUAGAAAAGAGAAUCGGGGUGUCCUAGCUGUGCCCUCGCCCUGGAGUGGCCACCCCACCACAUUCCUAGUCCUUGGAUUCCCAGCCGUCAUUUUCUUUUAAUGUUGAAGCCAUCCCUGCUUCCUGGAGGAGAGAGUUCCCAAGUUGAGGUUCCGCCCCAAGAAAAGGGCCUUAUCCAAAUGGUGCCCCAGUAAAGGCCAUUCCUCCUGAACCACAAAUGGCAGAAUACAAUCCAGGAACAGGCAACUCAAUUGUGCCAAAGCACAGUUCUCAAGUAUUUAGGGGCCAAACUAGGUAUCAUCAGACCCGCAGCAGCCCCGCUCAUCUGGUUCGAAGACCAGGGAGUAACACUGGGGAAGAGAGAAUUGACACUCCCCAAUCUAAGUCGUGUGUCCCCACCCCCACCCCAUUGGUACUAUUAGUUCUUUGGGGGAGACACACAGGAACCAUACAGGCACCCACACACUUUCCCUGCAAAGCUAAUAGCAGUGAGUGGGAGUUAGCUCUUAGAAACGGUGCCGGAGAAUCAGUUCCCUUCCUUUAUCCCACUCCCAAUGCCACUUAAAACGGUGCCAUCUAGUCCUACCUGCUCCAAUCUUCAGCUGCUAAGUGCUUGUUUCUUCUUCUUUUAAACAAACGAACACAGGAGACCUUGACUGCUGACCACCUGUGUUAUGUCAACUGAAGCCCUCAGUUUUGAUGGUUUCUGACUGGGUGUGCAUCACAUUCUUUUCCUUCCGCUGCAAGCUGAAGUCAUAUAACUGGCACACCCAUACAUUCCUCCGGUGCCAGGUGGCUUGAACUCAGGCCUUAAAACUCUGGGACUGCUCAGAUUCCAGAAUGUUAAUUUUACAAUUGCCCCAGGGCCAGAUACAUGUUCAAUUCACAUUACCACCCUAUAAGAGCAAGCAACAGAGCAAGACAAAAUUAGAACCCUGACUCCACCCACAGGAAGCCCUUUAGCUAGCAACUUGCCAUUUGUUGUCUAGAGGUGGGUCCAUGCCUUUUGUAAAUCUUAAGGGGCAACCCUACAGUAUAGAUUUUGUUGUUGAGUAGUUUAGUCGUGUCUGACUCUUUGUAAUCCCAUGGACCAGAGCAUGCCAGGCACUCCUGUCUUCCACUGCCUCCCACAGUUUGGUCAAACUCAUGCUGGUAGCUGCGAGAACACUGCCCAACCAUCUCGUCCUCUGUCGUCCCCUUCUCCUUGUGCCCUCCAUCUUUCCCAACAUCAGGGUCUUUUCCAGGGAGUCUUCUCUUCUCAUGAGGUGACCAAAGUAUUGGAGCCUCAGCUUCAGGAUCUGUCCUUCCGGUGAGCACUCAGGGCUGAUUUCCUUAAGAAUGGAUAAGUUUGAUCUUCUUGCAGUCCAUGGGACUCUCAAGAGUCUCCUCCAACACCAUAAUUCAAAAGCAUCAGUUCUUCAGCGAUCAGCCUUCUUUAUGGUCCAGCUCUCACUUCCAUACAUCACUACUGGGAAAACCAUAGCUUUCACUAUACAGACCUUUGUUAGCAAGGUGAUGUCUCUGCUUUUUAAGAUUUAAAUAGGUUAAAUAGUCAUUUCCCCCUUGGCAUAUUCUUCUGCAGAACAUUCUCAGCACCCUCGAUAAACUACAACUCCCUGGAUUCUUUGGGGAAGUGAUGAUCAUUAAUCCGAUAUAACAUUGGUAACAAAUUCACAUAGGGUAGAAAAUUAUGGUUAUGAUUAUUUAUUAAAUUUAUGUGCUGCCCUAUACCCUUUGUGUCUCGGUUUGGGGAAGAAAAAAGUAUUAACCUACACCAAGAGACAAAAAUGGUCGUUGUUCCCAAAUGCAGAUGCAUUCCCUUGCAAAGUUGUCUCAAAAAUUCCAGAUGAAAUUGCCCUUCUUGAGGGAGCAUUUCAGUGAUGAUUGUACCAUAACCUGGUUUUUCUGCGCACAUGCAGAUAUCGAGACACAAACUCAAUGGAAAACCUGCUUUCCCCCUAAUUUUUCACCUUUCAUGGCAAGCUUUACAGUAGUCAGGUUCCAUUCAUCUUCCAGCUAGCUCUCUUUAAAAUCAACUGCAGAACUAGGUUAGUUAUAUAUAGAAAGACCAGCAUGGACCCUUUUUUUUUUUUUUUUGGUACAAGAAGCUCUGAGCAGGGCAUUUUUAAAUUAUGUCUGCACUUUUUCUCCCUUAGUGCAGUUUGAAAUAUAACCAGACCUCCUUUCCUUAAUUCUUGUCAUAUUUUAAACAUUGAUGCUUAUUCCAGCCGAUUACUCUUGUAAAUCUUAUUUAUCCCAAUCCAGCGGUAGCCCUCCAGAUGGUGUCCUGCAGAUUUGCUGGACUACAACUCCCAAUAUCCAUGACCAUUAGGCAGGCUGGCAGCUAGGGCUGCUAGGAGUUGAGACAAAUAGCUCACUUGGUAGAGCACGAGACUCUUAAUUUCAGGGUCGUGGGUUCAAGCCCCACGUUGGGCAAUUGCAGGGAAUUGGACUAGACGAUCCUCGUGGUCCUUUCCAUCUCUACAAUUCUAUGAUUCUAUGAACAUCUAGUGAGGGCAACACGUUGGCUCUCUCUGCUCCAACACCUGCCUUUCCAAGCCAGGAGAACGUUUCAAACAAGCAAGCAAACAAACAGAAACAGGUUCAUUUAGCUCCUUUUCCACCAAACCUGGAUGCUAGAUUCAUUCAGCCCAAGGCCGCCCUGGAGUCAUUUCUCCAUUUCUGCCUUGCCUCAUUCUAGAGGGCUUCAGAGAUCCUAACCCUGGUCCUCCCUGAAUUCUGCCCAGGCUCCUCAUAGACCAGGCAUAGGCAAACUCAGCCCUCCAGAUGUUUUGGGACUACAGUUCCCAUCAUCUCUGACCACUGGUCCUGUUAGCUAGGGAUCAUGGGAGUUGUAGUCCGAAAACAUCUGGAGGGCCGAGUUUGCCUAUGCCUGUCAUAGACACUCCCAUCCACGGGACCUCUAGCAGGAUUGACUAGGGCUCCAAGAGCACACAUCUCCCUGUUCAAAACAAGAACAGUCCCAUGCAAUAUGGGGCUGACUCUCCCACAUGAGGGGAGAGUUGCUCUUAUGCUCAGCUCCUGCUUGUGGGAUUCCCUUUGGGGGCAUCUAGUUGGCCACUUUGAGAACAGGAUGCUAGACUGGAUGGGCCAUUAGCCUGACCCAUCAGACUCGUUUUACAUUCCUAAGGAAAUUUACAGGGACUCUGCUUACCUUCAGCUUCUGUCAAACUCCAGCGGGUGCCCGUAGGAGCUGAGAUGCCAGUCCUGGGGGUGGUCUGAGCCUCCUACUUCAUAUCCUCGCCAAGGAGAGCUGGGAUGAGGGUACAGCAGUGCCCCAAACAACCAAGAGGGAGCACAAGGAAUCAGCUGCAGCCCAAGACAUGCGUCACAAGUGUGGUCAAUCAACAGGCCAAGAUCAAGACCAAGGGUUGAGCCAGAGACCUGUGUUACUUCCAGCAGCUGGAAUGCUCAAGAGGGAGGCCUUCUGGACUCUGGCCUCCUAAGACCACACACACCCUGAUUUCAGCUGGUGGUGGUGAAGGUGUUGCUCUUGAGACCCCUACUCCUCAAGUUGCUCGGUAGCACAGGAACCGUGUGUGAUGCUGCAGUCAAGAGAUCUGUGGGGCUAAUCAAGAGGCUUUCCAAUGAGUUCAAGGUUGUUUGGCUCUGAGGAGAGAUUUCAUGCUCCCAAACCUGUUGCCAUGGCACAGCCCCACACAACACCUGCUUGGCUAUCCCUCAGGCGAGUACAAUGCCGACUGAUAAUCUUCCAGAAAGUCACCGUGGAAAAUUGCUCCACUUUUUCAUCAAUGAAAUUGCAGUGGAGCCUGGAGGAGAAGUCGCUUUGCGUCAUCAAAGCCACUACAGCACUGGAAGGGAAGACGUUUUGUGGGGAACGGGGUAAGGCUGAUACCAGUACAGUGGGGUGGUGUCAUUUUGUCAAGGUCAUGGCUAGGAAGGGACGGAUUAACAUCCCCUCUGUGUGCACCGUGGUCCCCACAAUGAUGGUGAUGAUGAUUCUGUGCUCUACUUUCUAAAGAAGUGUCUCCUUGGAAACCCCAUAUAUGCCCCCAUGAAGGAGAAGGACCCUAAGCCGUGGUGUUGUAGAGCCAGUGUGGUGUAGUGGUUAAGAGCGGUAGACUCGUAAUCUGGUGAACCGGGUUCGAUUCCCCGCUCCUCCACAUGCAGCUGCUGGGUGACCAUGGACUAGUCACACUUCUCUGAAGUCUCUCAGCCCCACUCACCUCACAGAGUGUUUGUUGUGGGGGAGGAAGGGAAAGGAGAAUGUUAGCCGCUUUGAGACUCCUUUGGGUAGUGAUGAAGUGGGAUAUCAAAUCCAAACUCUCUUCUUCUUCUCAGAAAGGAAAGGUUGCUUUGAAGAAACACCAACAACAACUUGGGACCACAACUCCCAUCAGCUCUUGCCAGUGCGGCCCUAUGAUGCUGGGCCUGAUGGGUGUUGUAGUCCCAAGUACCCGGAGGGCACAAGUUGGGGAAGGCUCCUUCUGUUCUCCUUGUAUGCCGAACUUCCGCAUCACCCAACUGCACAUGUGAAUCACUUUCGAUGGAGCUGCUUGUCUCCUAGCAACAGUCACCAGGCAGCUGAGGCUUGUUUGCCAGUGGCUCCUCGCAGACAGCCUGUUCUCUCCUCAGCUGCCUUCUGUUUUGCCAUGGCAAUCCUCAUGGCUGGGAGGGCUCGGCUAGGCCGUGGGCUUUUGGGGCACCACCACAGAUCCUCCUUCUGUUCCCUCCUCCUGCAGGAGCCACCGGGAUUGUGGAGAGCGGCUUGGUUCCCUCACUGGUCUUCAAGCUGAAGACGGAGCUGGAGGAUAUCCAGGAGCUGAUCUUGGAGACGCUGACAGGCUGCCUGCGGGUGGAGGCCUUUGAGGCCCUGGCCACAGGAGCCGUCCGCAUCCUGAAGGAGCUGCUCAGCCAUUCAGGGGUGAACAUCAGGAGCAGGGCAGCUCAGGCCUUGAUGGCCAUCAGGUGAGGGCCGGUGACUCACCAGGGGAGGAGGAGAAAUCCAGUCCCCAUUUCAGUUAUCAUUGUUAUUGUCAUGUUUAUUCAUAUCGCACCUUUUUCAUAUUGCACUCAAGGCGGCUGACAGGGAAAAAUACAAAACUGAUAAAAUACAAAAGGCAAAAAACGUACAGGGCUUGAACGCAAAUUUCUGUUCCAAAAUGAUACACAAUCCAAAAUCCUUCAAGACACAACUUCUCCAGAUUUUUGUGGUCUGUUGGAGGGAAUUGCUUGCCAGGUUGUGUGUCUUAGGAGACACAUGCUCUGAAACACUGACAAAGUUUCAUGUCUUUUUUUAAAAAAAGAAAUCACAAAUUGAUGCAGAUCUGUGGGCAGGAUUCACACGUAGCGCUAAGCCAUGGGUCAACAAGGCCUUUUUGUUUUUGUAGCCCUACGUUUUGCAAAUGUCAGAAUGUCCCAAGACAGAGGUCGCUCUCUUACAUAAGGGACAGCUCAGGUCCCCUGUGUUGGCCAGAGGACAACCAGCUCUUAGCAUGUGUGCACACACAUACACACGUCAGACCCACAGAGGGGCUUUAGAGUUUCUUUGGCUGAUCCCCACCCUUUGCUCCCCUCAGUGUCCCCCUGGAAGGGAAGAACAUGGUCUUUGAGGAAGAUGUUUUCCCAGACCUCGUCAUGCUUCUGGAAGAUGAAGACGCCGAGGUCCGAGCCAACGCUGCCGGGGCGCUGAUGAAUUCAGCCAUCACUACCCAAGGUGAGGAGGGGAAGGCAGGGGAGCAGCUGGCAGGCUGGCCCUUCUGGAUUCCCAACCCCUUUUGAGGAGAAGAGGGGAGGGCAGCUGAGUUGUGGAAAGCAGAAAGUUAGAAGGCAAUGCCAGUGGCACAAGAGAGAAAGACAGGGGCAGUGCAGCUGGGCAUGUAGCCAGGCUUUGAGAGGAAGCCAUGGGGUCCCUGGAAACAAGGGCCAUUUUCUAAGGCUUUAGCUAGACCCUGCCUCCCCACAACUUGCUGUCCUCCAUUUGCUUCUCCCUCCCGUCGUCUCAUUGGCUGUGCUGGCUUCUGGGGCUUCUGGGAUUUGGAGUCUAGCAACCUCUCCAGAGCACCAGCUUGGACAAGGCUGGUCUCCCCAAGUGUAGAGCUGUCGGGUCAGCUGAGGGGAAUCCUGUUGUCUCAUGUGGCUGAUACACAACUUGAGCAGCAGGCUCCAGGAUGCUGCCAGGGCAACAUCUAGCACACUGGCUGCCUAGAGCUUCUGUGGCUUCCGAGCUGUGGUGGAGGCCAUUCCCAUGUUGUACAGAUGGCAAGAAACACCUGCAUAGCCAAAGGUCCGGCCAAUUCCAGCCACUCACAUAUUGCAUUGCUAGUUGUAAUCUUAACGUGUGACCUGCCAAGGGCUGCAGAAAAAGCCACUCAGCCUUCACACAAGCAACCCACUCUGGUAUGUCUUCCCUCCGCUCUCAGAGGCAGGAUGCCAAGGAGUACAAAUGGGGAGAAGGCUACUGUGGCACUUGUGACCUGUUUGUGGCUUCCUGGAUGGCUGACACGGGAAGCCCAGGAGGCUGGGCUCGGCAGGGGCCACCUUUAAACACACCCACCCACCCCCAGCAGCUGCUGCAGGGCUUCUCCUUUUAGCAUCUCACAGGGCCUUCCUUCUGUCACACUCAGGGAAAUACGCAGCCAUCAAUGCGGACGCCAUCGACACGCUGCUGCCCCUGAUUCACGAUGAGAGGAGCAAAGUCCGCCUUUACUCCAUCAAGGCCCUGACCAUGUUGUCAGAGGCCCCGGAGGGCCGGAAGAUCUUGCUGGGCCACGUGGCCGAAUUCCGGAAGAGGCUGAGCGAUUCCAGCCCGGCUGUGAGGAGGGCGGCACAGAUUGCGGUGGAAGUCAUUGAGUGGAAGCCGUAGGGAACAGGCUGGCGGGGACCUUGGAGAGCAACGCAAUUGACAAUAAAGUUCCUGCUUCAACAGCUCCUUGCCUGCCUGCCUCUCGUCAUCAUGCGUGGGCUGCACUAUCAUGACUGGGUUAGAGGAGGAGCUUUGUUUCAUUUCUCUUUUAACUUGUAUACCACCUUUCCAUAUUGCUAUACACAAGGCAGAUUACAAGCCGCAGAAACUGCAAAAUACACAACAAAGAUCACACUUUAGCAAUCUGAUCCAAUGCAAGUACAGUGGUACCUCGGGUUAAAGAUGCUUCAGGUUACAGACGCUUCAGGUUACAGACUCCGCUAACCCAGAAAUAGUACCUCGGGUUACAGAUGCUUCAGGUUAUAGACUCCGCUAACCCGGAAGUAGUUGCUCUGGGUUGCGAACUUUGCUUCAGGAUGAAAACAAAUCGUGCAGCAGUGACAUGGCAGCAGCGGGAGGCCCC